AUGGCUAUUAAAGAGGCUGUUGUUUCACAUCAUUACUUAGUGGCCGAUCUUAGGCUUACUAGACCUUACAAUGAGAUAGUUAGCACUGGAAUUCAGGCAAAGUCAAAGGAUCGUGUAAUGAACCUACAGGAUAUUCGGUGUUUGCUGAAAAAUGAUUUUAAGGUAAUAUUUUAAAUCCUGCUUAAAAAUAAUUCAAACCUGGCAAUGCAAUUUUAUUAAAAAAAACAAAAACGAAAAUAUCUCUUCAGUUUUGUACUUUUGUUAGUUUAUGAAUGUGCCAUUAGUUAAAGGAAUACCGUAGCUAAUAUAGCUCAUUGUAGUAAUUAUUGUGCCACUAGUCUAUAUGUGUUAUCCCUACAUUUUACUACGGUCACAAUCAGCGAGAGAAAUAUGUGGGAUGAGGAUGAAAGCACAAUGUAAUGACCAGAUUACAUAUAAACGCAGUGCUAGCAAAGGUGGCGGUUGCGUGGUUUCAUCAUAGCAGAACAUUAGUAGGAGUUGUGAUUUAGAUAAGGGUUUGGAAGAUAAACUAAUGGAGCUGAUACUUACAUUUUCUGAGUUCAGAGGAAUUUAAACUAGGGAUCAACAGAUUAUCGGUUUUACCGAUAUAGAUACCGAUAUUGCCGAUAAUACAUAACAGGACUGCCAGGCUCAUUACAAGCCCGGCAGACUUGGGGAGCCCACAGCAAGCAGUUACUUAUCUCCCAUCAGCUCCUUUAGCUCCCAUGUCAAAUCUCGCGAGUCCCGUGGCCGCAGAGCGUUGCCACGGGUUACCAUGGCAAAGCUCCGCGCGGCACGCAGACCGCGAGAUUUACACAGGAGAGCUGCUGGGAGGUAAGUAACAGCUAGCUGCCGGACCCCCCACUGCUCAAUACACAGUGCAUGCCACUGGACCACCAGGGAUUGUCGUAUCUUCCCUCCCUGGCCAGGUAACAAGCAGGGAGGGGUGGUCAAAAAAAAACAACAUAUAAAUAUUAAAAAUGAAAAUAAAAAAUUCCCCCCCAUUUUACACAAAUUACAUCUCUUCUCUGUAUUUAAUGCACACACACACUACACAAACACACACUAUGCAUUAUAUACACACACUACACAAACACACACUCUGCACUAUAUACACACUCUGCACUAUAUACACACACUACACAAACACACUCUGCAUUAUACACGAAAAAGUGUGGAAUAAAUGGCGCUUAGUAUUAUGAAAUAGAAGAAGAUAUGGUACAGCUGCUGUAUACACUCUGUGGGUACUCCUAAUUGCCCACCACACAUAAACAAUCACCAAAACGCAAAAGAACUUAUUGAUUUGGAUGAUGUUGCCACCAUCCAGAUCUAAAGUUCUUUAAGUGAGUGCAGCGCUAUAUAAGUGCUGAGUAAGUGUGUUCUCGGAACUCUUACCCUUUUUCGCUUCUCUUAAUACAAUUCAUACAUAAAAAAGAGAACAAAAAGAACAUAUACAAAUGAUAGUGUAAUAUGUCUUUAAAUAAAGUGAUCGAUGAAAUAAGUGAAUAUGUACACUCACAUUUGUUAGAGCCUUUUCUAGUAUUAGGCUCUAAACUUCUGCACGUCUGUGUCUUUUGGGUAGAACACACGACCCCUCUCUCCUUAUGAAGAUAUUCUCCACCGAGUAUAUAAAAGAUACAAAUAUUUCACACUAAGUGUAGCAUCCCAGAAUCGAAAUAUUGUCCAUAUGAGUAGAAAUAGAGAAAUGCUCACCUUUUUUAGAGCCCUUGGUAACCGGCUCUAAGUAUAUUUGCCCAGUGUCAAAUUUUGGGGUGACACUGCCCCUUUAAAUCACUUUUAUAGGAUACAAUGGAUGGAUAAAAAAUGGGAGCAAUUUAUUAUCAAGUAAUCUUAUAAAAAAUACACUAUUAUUUCUAGAAAAUAAAAAACAAUAAAAAACAGUAUGAUAUAAAAGUAUGUGACCUUAAAAAUAUAUAUAUAUAGGUUCACUUUAAGAGCCAAAACGCGUUUCGCCGGUAAAACGGCUUCCUCAGUCAGCUUCAAAACAGUCUCUGUUUCUUUCUCCUUAAAAAGCUUGAAUUUCCCGCCAGUUUUCUCAAUUAUCCAAUCCCAUAUGUGUGUAUGAUGUGGCCGGAGUUCCGUCACGUCACUUCCGGUUAUUUUGAACUACCGAGUCCAUAAUGCUUUGCGGGUGAUUCAUCACUUCCGGUUUUACCGAUCUGAAUUCAGUGUGACGCGGCCGCAAAUGCCGUCGCGUCACUUCCGGUUUUCAUGGAUUAUAAAGUUCAUAGUCCUCCUCAGUGCAUACUGUCUGCAAUCACAACUCACCAACAUAUCUUAAGUUAGUGUCUUUAAAGUGCAUGUUUAAAACAUGUAAAAAUAAAUAAAUAAAUACAUGUAUUGUAAAAUUCUUUUCAGUGCAUACUUUCUGCAAGCAUAAUUCUCCAACAUAUCUUAAGUUAGUGACCUUAAAGUGCAUAUUUGAAACAUAUAAAUAAAUAAAUAGAUUCAUAUAAACUAGGUAUGUGCAAAUGUGCAAUUGUGUUUAUAUUAAAUCAGUGCAAUUAUUUUCAGUGGAUUUCCAAUCUGGAUAGUAGUUAAUAUAUUAUAUUUGAUCAUAAUUUAGUAAUUUAUUUAAAUUGAUGUGAAAAAAAAAAAAGAUUAAAAAUCCAGACAUAGAUGAAUUGAAUAAAUUAUUAGUAAAAAAUUGAAAAAGUGAAAAAGAAGGCUUUCUUAUAUCUUUUUGUGACCUCUUUGCAUGAAUAUUUAUAAAAAGUGACACAAUUCGAAAUCCGCAUUUAGUCCAAACGGAGCUAAAGUGUUUAGAUUGAAAAUCCACUUAGUCUCAAUUCUUCCCAAUUUUCUUAUUUCAUCCUCCCCUCGCCAGUUUAACAUAACCUUUUGAAUUGCCAUAAAUUCUAAAUGUUGAGGGUCUCUGUUAUGUACUAGAUUAAAAUGUUCCGAAAUGCUAUGUUUAUCAAAACCUCUUUUUAUGUUCCGGAUAUGUUCAUUUAUCCUUAUCUGUAGAGGGCGCUUUGUUCUGCCUACAUAAAAGAGGUUACAUGAACAUUUCAAUAUAUAUAUGACCCUUUUCGAGAAACAUGUAAUCAUUUGUCUUAUUUUAUAUUUAGUUUCCCCUUUUGGGUCAUAAAAUUCGGUUAUAUGUCUUUUAACACUUUUUGUAUUCCUACAAGCCAGGCAUUGCCCGCAACCAAAAAAACCCUCUUUAUGAAAGAAGGGGGUGGAUACCUUAUUCUUUAUAUGGUUGUGGACUAACUUUUGUUUUAAAUUAGGGGCUCCUCUAUACACAAGUUUCGGUUUCUCCGGUAGUAUGGAAUGUAACAUGGGAUCAUUGCGUAAUAUGGGCCAGUGUUUAUUUAUUAUUUGUUUAAUUUUAUAACUUUCUUGGUUGAAAUUGCAAAUAAAAGGUAAAAUAUUGUCAUCUCUUUUGUCUCUACAUUUAUAUUUUAAUAAAGAUGAUCUGUCCAUAGUUUUUACUUGUUUUAUAGUGUUCAUAAGAGAGGUUUCCUCAUAUCCUCUUUCCAUAAAGUCUUUUUUAAUCUUAAUGGCUUGGAUUUCAAAGGUGUUGUUAUCUGUACAGUUUCUACGUAUUCUCAUCAAUUGAGCUUUCGGGAUAUUUUUUAACCAUGGAGAGAAGUGACAGCUAUUGAGGUAGAUAUAAUUGUUCACAUCUACUGGUUUAAAAAAAGUUUGCGUUUUUAUACGAUUGUCCUCUAUAAAAAUAGUUAAAUCCAGAAAAUUAACACUUUCGGUACUGUACUCAGUGGUUAAUAUAAUCCCCCAGUCAUUUGUAUUUAAAAAUGUUAAGAAUAUUUUAAGUUGUUGCUCUGAUCCUUUCCAGAUAAAAAAUAUAUCGUCUAUGUACCUUUUAUAGGAGACCAGGUUCGCUCCCCAGUCAGUAUUGCUAUCUAUAUAUUUGGUUUCCCAAUAAGCCAUAAAUAAAUUGGCGUAACUCGGAGCGAACCUGGUCCCCAUGGCAGUGCCGAUUUUUUGUAGAAAAAAGUCAUUUUCGAACCAAAAAUAGUUAUUUUGGAGGAUGAGCUCUAUUCCUUCCAAAAUGAAGGUAAUUUGUUCCUCUGGGUAAUUAUUUUCUUCUCUAAUGAAAAAUUCCACUGCCUCUAAACCUUUUGUGUGUGAAAUAAUAGUGUAGAGGGAACUGACAUCUGCUGUCACUAAUAUAUAGUCAGAUUCCCACUCUAUAUUCUGUAGUAUCUGUAUAAUAUUUAGUGUGUCUCUAAGGUAAUUUGGAGUUUUUUGAACUAUUGGUUGUAAGCACUUAUCCAAAUAUUCCGAUAGUCUACUUGAUAUAGAGUUUAUUCCUGAGACUAUCGGUCUCCCUGGGGGAUUUGUUAAGUUUUUAUGAAUUUUAGGGAGAUGAUAAAAAACUGGGAUUUUUGGUUUAGAAAUGUUUAAAUAUUUAUAUUCUUUUUCAUUUAAUAUUUCUAUGUCUUUUCCCUUUAACAACAAAUUUACGAAUUUCUUUCUGAUAUCCAUUGUGGGAUCACCAGAUAGUUUAAAAUAUGUUGUUUUAUCUUCUAUUAGUCUCAAACCCUCCUUCACAUAAUCAUCUGUAUUCAUAAUGACAAUUCCACCUCCCUUAUCGGCUGGUUUAAUGACCCUAUGAGUGUCUUUCUGUAGAGCUUUCAAAGCUGUCCAUUCGCCUUUAUUUAAAUUCAUAUAUUUCUUAUUUUUAGUUUUAAUUCGGUUAAUAUCCCGCAUCACUGAUUCUUCGAAAGUAAUCAUUUCUUUAGAUAUAAAAUUAUUAGGAAAAAAGGUCGAUUUCUCUUUUAAAUCUGUAUGGAUAUAUUUUGAAAUGACUGAUUGAUGUAUCGGGGGUUCUAUUCUCAUGAAGCAUUUUUUUAGGCAUAAUUGUCUUUUAUACCUAUUUAGAUCUAUGAACAUAUCAAACUUAUUUAAUGGUUGUGAAGGUACAAAUUUUAAUCCUUUGUUUAAAAUAUUUUGUUCCGCCUGUGAAAUGGGUUUUCCUGUUAGAUUGAAAAUAAUGGAUUUCGUUUGUAUAGUGGUUUUUUUAAUCUUAUUUAACACUCUGCAUUAUACACACACACUACAGUCACACACUGCACUAUAUACACACACUACACAAACACACACACACUCUGCAUUCAUUAUAUACACACACACACUACACAAACACACACACUGCAUUCAUUAUAUACACACACAUUACACAAACACUCUACAUUCAUUAUACACACACACACUACACAAACUCACACACUCUGCAUUCAUUAUAUACACACUACACAAACACACACUCUGCAUUCAUAAUCUAUACACACUGCAUUCACUUUAUGCACACUACACACACUGCAUUCACUUUACGCACAUUACACACUACAUUCACUAUACACACACUACAUACACUCUGCAUUCCCUAUAUAUACACACUACACAAACACUCACUGCAUUCACUAUACACAAUACACAAACACACCCUGCAUUCAUUAUAUACACACUAGACAAAUACACACUGCAUCCACUACACAAACACACACAGCUUCCCUGGCUAAACACAUUGCAUCCACUACAUAUAGCAUUUAUAUUUUGUGCAUUAACCUUUAGAAAUAGUUUAUUUUUUCCAAAUGGUAAAUGUACAGAAUAUCGGCAGGUUGUCGGCUAUUGGCCUGAAAGUUGACAGAUUAUCAGUAUCGGCUCUAAAAAAUCAAUAUCUGUCGAUCCCUAAUCUAAACCCUUUCAAAGAGGACAGAAAAGUUCCAUCAAUUAUUCCAAGUAGAUGCAGCCUAAAAGCAAAAGCAAAAGCAAAAAAAACAAAAAACAUUUUUCUUGCAGUACCCCUCUAGAGACUGAAAUAACAUAUUUCUCUUAUAUUUGAGAAUUAUAGUUUAACCUAACUUAGGUGGAGGUAUAGUGUAAAUUUGAAUAAAUAUAUUUACAUCACUUCCUUUACUGUAACCUCCCAGCAACAAAGAACAGAACCAAAAAACCCCAGUAAAAAUCAACCAAUCAGAACACAUGACAAUUAAUUAAGCCCACAACAGACCCAUCCUACAUUCCCGUUCUUUGACUGACAGGAGUCCAGAAGAGGAAGAAAUAUCAUCCAACUGAAGGUCAGUAGAAAACUCUGAACAAAACGAACAUGGAAUCCAUCAGGAACCAUGUAGAUUGCAUUACCCUUGAUCUUAUUUUCGCUCAUGAAUGGACAGUAUCUAAUCCCUGCAACACUCAAUUUCCUAUCUCAGAUCACCACCUCUUAUCAUUUGCUCUCAAUAGCCCCCUACCUCGUCAUCCUCAGCCUAACCCCCCUCAACCCAGAUUCUAUUGACCUCUAGCUGAAUUUGUUUCCGAACUUCUAUCCAUCCCUACUUUCCCCUGUCCCUCACUGGCUAUCUACUCAUAUAACACUACCUUCACCUCUGCCCUGGAUGCUGCAGUCCCGCUUCGAACAUGCACCUCGAGGAGAAUUCUCCCCCAACCGUGGCACACUAAAUCAACAUGCUACCUGCAGAGAUGCUCCUGUUCUGCUGAAUGCUGCUGGAGGAAGUCACGCACCCUUCUCCACUACAAAUUCAUGUUGCGUUCAUACAGCAAAGCCAUUCCCCUUGCGAAACAGUCAUACUUUUCCUCCCUCAUUAGCUCAUGUUGCCGCAAUCACAGGUGUCUUUUUAAUACCUUUAACUCCCUUCUUGCCUUGCUGUGGCUACCCUCCAAACUAACCUUACAGCCGAUAAUUGCAUGCUACUUUACCUGCAAGAUUGAACAGGUAAGGAAAUAAUUCUCUCCACGUUGCCACUCUCUUUUUCAACCACACCUGGAUCAUGCCUUUCCUACCCUGCAUUCUUACCAACGGAACAAGAGUUGGCUGCGCUUCACCUUUCCUCUCGCCCCACCACUUGCCCGCUUGAUCCUGUUCCUUCUCACCUUAUCAGAUCUCUCUCCUGUAGUCUUGUGCCUUCCUUAACACACAUUUUCAACUGCUCUCUCCUGGUGUUGUCCCUACUGCCCUUAAACAUGCUACUGUAGUGCCCAUCUUUAAAAAAAAAAAACAAAAAAAAAAAACACCUCUUGACCCGUCCUCCUCUUCUAACUAUUGUCUCAUUUCUCUGCUCCCUUUUUCCUCAAAGUUUCUGGAAAGACUUGUCUUUACCCAUCUGGCUUGUUUCCUCAAUUCCAACUCUCUCCUUGACCCUCUUCAGUCUGGCUUCCGCUCUCUCUACUCUACUGAGACUGCUCUUAUUUGUUUUUUCAAUAUCUGUUUUUUAUUUGGUUUUUUUCAGAAAAACAUGAAUAUACGACUUUGGGGUACAGAAAGAAAGAAGGGGAGGGAGGUGCCAUGGUCAUCUUUUACAAGGUUCACAUUAGAGAUCAUAUACACCUCUUGUCCGGGGUCUACGUUCCCAGGCCUGUGUCAUUUUGCCCGGUAAACCAAUAGGUGCGUAAGACCCUUCAGUUCCCGCAGCAGCCCACGUCUUCAGUGAUAGGUCGGGAGACAGAGCCUCCAGCGCCUCCACUGGCGCUGAUUGGAAUAGGGAGUCAGGCUCUAUGAUAUGUGUGCACCAGGAUGCACAGGAUUGUACCAGGUGUGCAGUGCAACCAGGGAAUGAGUGUUGUCGGGGAGAUCGUGUGCGUCCACAGGGAGUAGACCAGAUCGCAUGGUCGCAAGCAUGCGUUUUCCAAUAAUAGCCACAGAGGAUGGUGGUGGGUGCCUGUAAGUCUUAGGAGCCGUAUGCCCUUGGCUAGUGUUGUGGCCCUGUCAUAUGGUAGCCCCAGGUUGUGUUGUGCCACUCGAGGUGGCUUCCGCUUCCAAACAUACGCAUUUGUGGUGGCCUGAAAUUGGGUUAUGAGCUCAUCCAGUAAGGCUGUAGGUAGUGUGCGGAAUAAAUAGAGGAUUAGGGGUAGUACCAUAAUUUUCAGCGUGUUGAUGCGCCCCAGCCAGGACACUUCUAAGUCCGCCCAUUUCUCUAGCAUCGUUUUGACUUUAUGCAAGGUCGGGUGAUGAUUUUCUUUCGGGAUGUUUUGAGGGGACUUUAAGUUUAUACCUAGGUAGGCCAAUGUUUUACGUCGCCAGUCGAAGCUAAAGCGUCCCUCCAGUUGGGCUACUUCGACUUGUGGGAGGUUUAUAGGCAGUGCCUGGAUCUUGGCCGUGUUGUUUUUAUAGUAAGAAGGUUGGCCAUAUUGCCCCAGUAGUUCUAGCAACUCAGGGAUGGAUUUACCUGGGUUUGUGACAAAUACGAGGAUAUCGUCAGCGAAGAGUGCUAGCUUUUUGGUUCCCCUUGGGGUGUUUAGUCCCGUGAUUUGCCUAUUUUGGUUAAUCUGUCGUAUGAGCGGUUCUAGACACAAGAUGAAGAUUAUCGAAAAGAUUAUAAUGAAUUCGAGAGAAAGCCUGUGCUAAAAACCUUGGCUGAGGGCCGCUUAUAGAGGGCUAAUAUGCUAUCAAUGAAUUCAGGGGGGGGGAUGUUUAUCUUCACCAGGGUCCUUUCCAUAUAUCCCCAAUGCAGGCGAUCGAAUGCUUUUUCAGCAUCUAAAGUGAGGAUUAGCCCCCUUUGGGAGGAGUGGUUGGCCCAAUCUAUGAGGUUUAGAAAAUGUCUGGUGUUGUACUCCACCUGUCUCCCAGGCACGAAUCCUGCUUGCUCCUCGGAUAUCAGUGUGGCUAGCAGGGGUCUGAGUCUCGCCGCCACUAAUUUGGCAUACAACUUCCGCAUUGAGCAGGGAGAUUGUGCGUAGAUCGGCACAUACCAUGAGGGAUUUGUUGGGUUUUGGCUAAGUUACAAUAAAUGCUCCCAGCAUAUCCUUUUUGAUUUCCCAAUUCUUUCAUGUAAUUAAAGAGGGUAGUGAGGCGAGGAGACAGUUGUGGUGCUAACUUUAUGUAAUAGUAGUUUCAUAGCCCACUUAGGUCGGGCGAUAAUGUCUAGGGAGCCAAUGUAUUGCUAAUGCAACUUCUUCCUCAAUGAAAGGGCUUUCUAGCGAGUCGGCUUGGCCUGCUGACAAUUGUGGUAGGUUUGCCUGUUCCAAGAAUUGCCCUAUCUUCUCCCUAGUCAGUUGAUGGGUCUCUGGGUCUUUGCCCAGUUGAUAAAGUUUUUCAUAUUACCUUACAACCUCAUUAACGAUAUCUCGGGGGUGGUAAAGUUUUGCCCCUUGCGUGGAGCUGAGAUAGGGUAUUUUGAAUUGUAUAUGUCUCUGUUUCAGUUUAUUAGCUAAGUGUUUACCCGCUUUAUUCCCUGUAAUAUAGUAAGUCUGCUUGAGAUAGCACAUGUGUCUCUCAGUUGUUUGCAAUUGUAAGAUAUCUAGUUUUGCUUUUAAAGCCGUUAAUUGUGUGUGCACCUUUUUUGUGGGGUUGGUUGUGUUGGGCUUCGAGCGUGGAGACCUCCCACUCCAAGCCAGUCUGUUCCUGUCGGUGAGCUCUCUUUGCCAGUGAGCCAAUGUGGACGAGAUGCCCCCGCAUUACAGCCUUGUGCGCUUCCCAUUGGGUUGUUGGUGAAGUCGUGCAGUGUUCGUGGUCUGAGAAGUAGUGGUGUAGAUGGGUUGUCAAUUUGUUGAGAUGUUGUGGAUCGUCUAGUAUUGCCUCAUUUAGUCUCCAUGUACCCCUCCCCCAGGCCGGGUGAGGUGUUUUCAUCGUGAUCAGCAUGGGUGCAUGGUCCUACCAGGUGAUGGGACCAGUGUGCAUUCUGAUUGUGUCGGGCAUGGUACGUUUAUCAAGAAGACAUAGAAUAUGUCAUAUGAACCUGUGAAUAAAAAGUGCAAUCCCUGUCUCAGGGAUUUAAGUUGCGCCAUACAUCAUAGUAGUCGUGGGUGUGUAGUAGGUGGGAGAGGUAUUCUCCCAGUGAGAUUGAUCUGCUCUUUAGUGAUUUGUGAUGUGUCUUGCACAUGUCCACGUGUGGGUCUGGGGUGCAAUUAAAGUCACCGCAGAUCACAGUGUGGCCCUGUUUGUGCUGGUCAAUUUUUCGGAGAGCCGUGGUCAAGAAGGAUUUGUGUGUAUCAUUGGGAGCAUUCAAGGAAGCCACCGUUACUUGAAGGCCCUUUAACGAUCCCAUCAGUAUUAAUAGUCUCCCAUCCUUGCUUGUGUGUUGUUUAGUGAGGGAGAAUACCUAGUCCCUGUGAAAUUAAAUAGACACCCCUUUGGAUUUUGUAUUGGCCAUUGCUUGAUAAGCUUGGGUAUAUUGUUUAAUUUGGUAUUUGGGCAGAUUGUGGGUCUCCUGCAGGCACGCUAUUGCCGCCUUGUAUUUGAAUAUUUCACGGGCAGUCAGCCUGCGUUUGUGAGGGCUAUUGAGGCCUUUUACGUUCAUCGAGAAUAUCGUGAGGGUGUCAUCCAUUGUCAUUUGCUAGGCGAGUGCGGAAUAGAGUGGUUUGUUGAGUUUGAAUAUCGGGAUGAGUAGUGCGACACGUGAACCUGGGAAACGGGAGGGGGGGGGGGGUUAAACGGAAACUUGAAAAUGAAAGAAAGUAUGUACAUGUUGUUAACGCCUCUAUAGGCGUUCUCAUUGACUGAUACUUAAGUCGGCACUCCUGGCCGCCUUUCGUCAUCAGCCUUGAGGGGGGUUUGCUCAGUAAACAGAGCGGCGUGAAGACCCUGUGCCCUCUCGGGUAUUCCCCAUCCCAGCUUCAUCGCCCUCGGUGCCCCAUGUCAUGUGGUAGCCUCCUUUCUUGGUUUUGUCCCACCCGCUGCACUUAGGGAUGGGGAUGGCCUCAUGUCCGAGGUUGGGGGCUCACCCUCAGAUCUUUUGUACUUAAACUGUGUUUAAACUGUGUCCCCCAAGCAUGGAGAUGCCCUUGUCGCCCCGUCCUUGUCAGCAUAGUGUGAGGCAGCUUCGGUCUCGGUUCUGUCAGCACAAUAUUCAGUUGCACACAUUUAUAUACAUUUAACAUCAUGAGAGAGCUAUUACCUAGUUUUACACUGUACUUUCCCCUUGUUGUGCCCGGGUUAUUGUGCACUGCAGCAUGACUAUAAACAGGGUUGUCUUGCCUGCCCACCCGAGCCCCCCUCCUGCACCCACUGCGUGGAAUGAUCUUGCCAGCGUGCACUGCCUUGUAGUGGGGUGGGUUCUUUGCUAGGCCCUUCUGAGUGGUAAAGAAUUAGUAAAGGCGCUACGGCCUGUGCCGCCAGCGGCGCCCAGGCUGGGUCUAGGCAUCCAGGCCCUGGGUGGUUUGUGGUCGGCAGAGCGAGAUUGCUCUCGGCAUUUACUGGGGGGGAGUGCCUAAGUGUGUCCAUUCAGCCAGCGGUCACCGACCUCAAUAAUAGUAUUAGUGGCCAUCUAUGCGUGUUUUCCGUUGAACCAGGGGACGACAAGGGUUACUUCAACUGGGUCUGUGCUAACAUCAUAUAAUAGCAAUUGUUUAGAAAAGGGAAUUAAUGGCCUGUCAGGCUUAAUAAGUGUCCAGUUAAGACGGGGACACGAGGAAGAUGCCCCAUCUGGGCCUAUGCCCAUGCAGCAUAACAGCUAUUGAUUAUUAAAGGAUAUGCAUGGUGUGUCAGUCUAGGACCCGCUGUGCGGAUAGCGGUACGGUCGGUCAGUUCUUUCUGGCUUUGUUAGGCGAUCCCGCCAUUUGCCAGUCUUCUUGGAGCCGUCUCGGUGACUUUGCGGCCGGUUCUGCAGGUGCUUUGUAUGGGAACAGGCUACAUUCUGCGAGUAGUCGCAUGCCCACUUCUGGUUCCUCUGUCGUAUAGUUCUUUCCAUUCUACCACACGAGAAUCUUUGUGGGAUAUCCCCAUCUGUAAGGUAUGUUGUUGUUUCUGAGCGUUUUCCUUACCGUGGUGAACUCUCUCCUGUGGGCCAUAGUGAGUGCAGAGAGAUCCGCGUACAGUUGGAUUGUCUCGUAGAGGUCCGGUAACUUUGGCAGCUUUUGAACCGCAGUGAGUAGCGCUUCCUUCGUCCGGAAGUAGUGGAACCUCACGACUGUAUCCCUUGGAGUGUCUUGGGCCAGUCUUGGUGGUCGCGGGAGCCGGUGUGCUCUGUCCAUGAGCCAUUCGUGUUCCACAGUGGUUGGUGAGAGGGCUUUGCACAGCCCGAGCAGGUAAGCAGGUAGUGCCUCCCGUGUGACCGAUUCCAGGAUUGCUUCUCCUGGAUCUGUCCUCUAUGUCUGCCAUUUUCCUCUUGAGUUGUUGGUGUUCCAUAACUAGAUGGUGCACAGUUUCUGCCAUCGUCAUUUUGUUCCGUGCACAAUUCAUCAGAGCGGGGGUCUAGGCGGUUAGUUCACCCACCUAGGUCGUUGAUGUAUUUCCUCAGCUCGCUAGUAACCAUUUUAAAAUCGGAUCGGAGCAACACCCGAAAUUCCUGGAGCAUAGCAUAGAGCCGUCACAGGCGCAUUAGUGCAGUGGCUUGCUUUGUGUUCCUGCUCCUCGUGCAGUUCAUCUCCCUGCGAGGCCUGCGGGCCAUCAUCGCCAUUUUGUGUAGGCCGCGCUCUGUCUUUUUUGGCGUUACAGAACAGGGUCCGUAAGUUUUGUUUGCUUUGCAGGUGCCAUCAGAAGCAGCGAAACAGAUAGUGUGCCGGGGUCAGUGUGGCGGUGGUUUGCUUCGAUUUUUCAAGCUUUUGGGUGUUUUGAGGCCGUAGCAACUACUCCAUGCGGCCAUUCGCCUCGGCAGUUAGCCACGCCCCCCAAGACUGCUCUUAUUAAAGUCACUAACAACCUAUUCACAGCUAAAUCCAAAGGAAACUACUCCAUACUACUUCUUUUUGACCUCUCUGCUGCCUUUGACACUGUUACUCUCCCUUCAAGUUGGUGGUAUCCACAUCAGCCCAUGCUUGCAAGUGCACUGUCUUGGGUUAUAUUUGAUUCUGUCCUCACCUUAGAGCCUCACAUCCUGUCUCUUACCAAAUCCUGUAGAUUCCAUCUUAGAAAUAUAGCCGCCCCUUUCUUACACAAGAUGCUACUAAGGAGCUUGUCCAUGCUUUAGUAAUCUCUCGCAUGGAUUAUUGUAACUCACUCCUAAUUGGUCUUCCCUGAAGUCGUGUUGCCCUGCUACAAUCUGUAAUGAAUGCUGCAGCUAGACUGAUUUUCCUCUCCUGACGCUCCUCUCACACCUCUCCCCUCUGUCAGUCCUUACGUUGGCUUCCUGUAUACUAUAGGAUUAAAUUCUAGGUACUAAUCCACACCUAUAAAGCACUGAACAAUUCUAUCCCCUCCUAUAUUUCUUUACUGAUCCGUAGGUAUGCCCCUAUUCAGUCUCUCCGCUCUGCCCUGACCUGCCCUGACAUUCUCCUAUGACAUAUUUCAGCAAACAUUCCGUCCUUAGAGAAAGACACAGAGUCAAAGCCAAGAACAUCAUAGACCCACCGUAAAGUAACCAGACCCAUACUAAGGGUAUAAUAAAGAGGACUAAUAAAGCCUAUAUGAAUAUUGCAGAAUAUUGCAGUGGGGAGAUCUCCUCACUUACUUAGGCAUGGGAGUAGCCUUAUAAGGCUAGUUUGGUAUUUAUUAUUAUUUGGAAUCACAAUUCAUUUCUGUGUUAUACUUUCGGUUACUUUAGAUAUUUAUUGGUCUCCUUCUGGUUACAUUGUUCCAUACCACUGGAUGCUUUGGUGCCUACACCUUUAUCUCAAGUCAGCAUUAUAUUCACAGUUUCUGAAUUUUUGCUUCUUUUUUCUGUUGUUAGUAUCUAGUGUUAAGCUCUUGGGCAUUGCUGGAAUGCCCUCCUAGUGCAUGGGAUCAGUGUGGAGGUGAUGUUUAUUCCCUUUUACACCCAUUUCUUUCUAUUUUUUCCUCAUAUAAGACUUACCCUGAGACAAGAUGCACCAGGAAGUUUAGGAUCACCACAACUGUAAAGGAAUCAAUCUGUUGUGUUCCACACACACCAGUGAUUUCCUGUUCUCCUUCAUGGAGUUAAGUCUUAUGAGUUGCCGGUGCCCAGGAGUCCCUGAGAAGAGCUUGAGCCGCUUUUAAAAGGUCAGCUCUGUUCCAGGAACCUUGGAAGGCAUCCAAGCCACCAGACGAAGUUGGGGAUGCAAAUGAGAAUGGGAUCCGCCAUAGCGGGAAGGAGAGUGGGAUCUGCAGCAGGGCAGGAAACCAGUAUUUAGCUUUCUACAAAGGAGGUCAACAGCACAAAAAUAUAUAUAGUUAUACUUAUAUGAAAUGGUACAGAGUACAUAUAGAUAAUGGCUGCUAAAAAAAAAAGAAUUUCCCAAAUUCAAUGUGUAAAUUUUUUGAAUUAUGUUGUCAGCGCUUAGUGAAUAAUCCCCUUAGAUUUAGUUAGGGGUGAACAUACUUGCAAAUGUAUCUGUAAUAAUUGGAAACAGCAAUGAAAUACAGUGUAGAAUAUAAAAGUAUCAAUAUUGCUGAUUGUAACAAUAAAAAUAUAACAUAAAACAAAAUUGUAUCACAGUCCAAUAUGUGUAAUUUAUAGCAGGGUCCAAAAUGAAGGGAAGUCCACAGUAUUGUUAGGAAACACAAUCUUUUGCUUGAAAUCCCUUAAAAAAGACAGAAAAUAAAUAUAGUGUAAUACUGUAUUUAAUGUCUUAAAACAAAAAGGGAAUCCCCCUCCCCAACAUUGGAACCCUUACAGGAAAAAGAUGUGGUGCUUAUUUCUAAGGACCACACUAAAAGCUUAUCUGGCUGCAGUCUUUUCUCUCCUCUGCUCCAAAAGUGCCUUCUGGUUUGCAGGUGAAAACAGCAUUCGCCUCGUGCACUGAGGCAGGCUGUGAGUUCGGUGAAAUCCUCCUCUCUGCAAAAGUAACUCUGGUUGGCAUAGAAGGCAUGACAUGCAGGGUAUUGGCAGCCACACAAAAAAUAAAAGUUAAUGAACACCUAAUCAACGCGUUUCGCCCCUCUUUAGUGGGCUUUUUCAAGAUAGGUGUUUCAUGUGCUAUUCAGCGGUUAUAUACCUUGCCGGGAAAAGCACAUUUGAAUUCUUAAAGGUAUACACAUUUUUUACACACAUCAAAUCCUAUUAUGGAAAAACGUCUUUCAAGAUAAAAAUAAUAGUAAACUAUGCAUCUUCCUUGAUACAACAAUUAAAAGACAAUUUAUACCAAUAAAAAACAGAACUUUUUUCAAAACAUAUAUGAUUACAUAGAUAUAUUGCUUGAUAUUAUACAGUUCUAUCCAUGCAUGUGAAACUGAACAUUUUCAACUCAUUCUUAAAAGUAUUAAAAAUAAUAAUCAUGACCAGCACAAAUCUUAUUCUAAGAUGUAUGUGUGCACACAAAAAUAUGUGAAAAGUGGGUAUUGUAGAUGCAUAUUCCAAAUGCUAUUUUCAAGUAUAUAAUAGUUUGUUCGAUAAAUAGAUUAUGAUGACAAAUAAUACUAGUAAAUGUCUUAUCUAUACAAUGGCUAAAUAUAUAUAUAUUAUCCAUGGUUUCUCUAUAGGUAUUAAACAUAUUUAUAGUAUAUUUGCUAGUUCUAACUCAGCAUUUAAGCCCAUAGGGGCUAAAGUUUUUAAAUUAUAUAUCCAAUUCAUUUCUCUAUAAGUUAAGAUUUUGUUUAGUUCACCUCCCCUCCAAGGUAUUUCUAUUUUUUGGAUACCACUGUAUUUGAGUAAUGUUGGAUCACUGUUAUGAUAUGUUUUAAAGUGACUCGAAAGAGAAUGCUUAUCAAAACCUCUUCUGAUAUUGUAAACGUGUUCCCCGAGUCUGACUUUUAAGGCUCUUUUCGUUUGUCCUACAUAUUGGAGGCCGCAAGGGCACUCCAACAUGUAGAUCACUUGUUUGGUCUUACAAGUGAUACACUCUUUAAUAUCAAACACUUCUUUCGUGACAGAUGAUUUAAAAGCGGUGGAGUUUUCUCCCUUCGGAUUUAAUUUACAUAUAUUACAUGUACCACAUUUAUAAAAAACAUUUUUUCCUGUUAAAAAAUGAUUAUUUUUUACAGGUUUAUUAUAGCUGUGUACUAGUUUAUUUCUUAAUGUGGGUGCACCCCUAAACACUACCCUAGGUUUCUUGGGCAGGAUUCCCACUAAAAACAGAUCCUGGCACAAUAAGUGCCAGUGCUUUUGUAUACUCUUUUUUUAGGAAGCAAGCUUGGGUGCUGUAAUUAAAGACUAGGGGACAAAAGUCUCCCAUAAUUCCGUUUUGUUUUGCCUCGUUGGUUUUGUUGGCAAAAAGUGUUUAGCGUUCUAUGGUUUGUAUUUUUUGAGCAGCUGUUCUCAUCAUAAUUCUUUUCCACGAAUUGUUGUUUAACUUUUUGUAGUUGUGAAUCGCAUACAUCCGGAUCUGUGCAGUUCUUCUUCACUCUCAAGAAUUGACUAAAGGGAACUCCCGAUAGCCAAGAUGGAUAAUGGCAACUAGAGGUCCAAAUGUAGCUAUUCACAUCUACACUUUUGAAGAAGGUUUUAGACUUUAAGACUCUUUGUUGGUCUGUAUAUAAUACCAGAUCUAAAAAAAUCUAUAUCUGUGGGACUGUAUUUAUACGUAAAGGACAGAUUAUAUUCAUUGUCGUUGAUGUAAGCAAGGAAUUCCAGUAACUCUGGUUCUUUCCCCUUCCAGACAAAAAAAGCAAUAGUCAAUGUACCGUCUAUAGAAGACCAGGUUCGCCCCCCACUGGUGACCCUGCCAAAUAAACAGGUUCUCCCAAUGAGCCAUAAAUAUAUUGGCAUAACUGGGAGCGAACCUGGUCCCCAUAGUGUUACCAUUGACUUGAAGAUAAAUAUCUUUUUCAUACCAAAAAAAAAUAUUGUUUAGUAUGAAAUCUAUACACUCAAUAAGGAAUUCCACUUGUUCUACCAGCAUGGUGGGGUCCUCAUAUAGGAUUUUCCUUACUGCCUUGAUUCACAAAUCAUGUUUUAUAACAGUGUAUAAGGAUGUGACAUCACAUGUCACCAUGAGGAAAUCUUCUUCCUAUUUCAGGCCUUCUACAUUUUUUAACAAAUCCCCACUAUCUCUCAGAUAUGACCUGGCUUUCUUCACAAAGGGCUGCAGGAUCUCAUCGAUAUAUUGUGAUAAAUUGCAUGUGAGGGACCCUAUCCCUGAAAUUAUGGGUCUGCCUGGGGGACUCUCUAAAUUUUUAUGGAUUUUUGGUAAUUGGUUUUAUCGGGUGUACAACCAUAACAAACUCUAAUUAUUUUUUGUUUAAUAUAUUUAAAAACCUUCCUUUUUCUAAAAUGUUAAACAGGCUCUUCUUCAUAUCUAAAGUGGGAUCUUUAUGUAGUUGUUUAUAAGUAAGUGGAUCGUUAAGUAUUUUUCUACAUUCUCUGUCAGAGUCUUUGGUAUUGAGGAUGACAAUCCCUCCCCCCCCUUAUCGGCUGGUUUCACUGUGAUAUCCCUAUUUUCACAUAGCUCUCUUAAUGCUCUUUUCUCCCAAAUAUUUAGAUUCUGUUUAUGUUUCGACACUCUUUUAGGUAAUUUUUCUAUAUCUGCAAUAACUGCCAGAUUGAAGGCUGACAUUGGGCCACUCAUUUGGUUCGUUGGACAGAACUUAGAUUUAUUUUUUUAAGGUGGUAUGGUGGAAGUUGUCAACUUCUUUAAUCUUAAUUUGUGGAAUAAAAUUAUUUGCAAAAAAUUUCUUUAAAGUUAAAUUUCUCAUAAAUUUUUGUACAUCCGAUUGAUGUAGAUUAAUUUAGAAAUAAACAAAAAUGUUUAAAAGUCUAUCUGUUCCUGUCCAAAUCUGAGAUGAAUAAAUUGCGUAUACGCAGAAGUAAGUGUACACUGACACAUGCAGUUCAGGUUAAAAACACUUCAGGAAAUUUAUUAGCAUCUAGUUAAAAAGCGGGCACGCAGGCCUUUUUAUAUGCAAAAUGACAUCAUCAUUGAAUAUCAGAUAAUAACAAAUAAACAUCAUUAAUUGGGUUAAAUGUUAAGUGGCUAUGUCAGUGUCCACCCAUUAAUAUUAUUAAUUGGCUCAGAGAUUUGAGUGACUAGUGAGGCACCCUCCCAUCAUGGGAUGUCGUCGCCAUUGCUCUUUAGCACGAGGCUUACUCGGUGGAAAGGGGGGCUUGGGCGUCAUUUUACGUAGUUAGUGAUGUCAGUCUCGUGGUCUGUUCCAAGGUUCUUUUAUGAAUAGAACAUUUCAUUUUGUCGCUGUUCUCCUGGCCUUGGAUUAUACUAUGUUGCAAGUCAACGGAGAUCCGCUAACUCCGGGGCUAGUUAUGUCCUUAGAGAGAGAAAAUACAAUCUCUUAUUCAUUAUACUGAAUACUGUCAGGAAAUUCUGUCAUGUAAGGUGAACAAAAUGGAGUUAGUACAAUAAUUCAAUACAGGUUCUAAUAAAGAUUUUAAUAAUUCUACAUCACAAGAAUGCUGUAAAUGGGUCAGAUUUGAUAGUAGGGGCAUAUUUUAGACCUCUAUUUAAUACUUUAAUUUGAUGUUUGGUUAAUGUGAUGUUUGACAAAUUAAAAAUUCCUAUUUCCUCUACCUUCUCAUUUUCUUCUCUCCUACGGUAUCUCUUCCCCCCCCCCCCCUACAUCCUCUAAAUAAGGUCUCUUCCUGGUGCUGGAUGGUGGGGGUUCUAGAUGGUUUUGUCUGAGGAAAUGACUUCUUGGUCCUAAAAAAUCAUUCUCACUAGAUUCUUCUUUAGAAGUAGAUGAAGUUAGCAGCAGGUCUGGACUAAAAAAGAUCCAAUUGAUCAAUGUAUUUAAGUAUUAAAAAUUACACAUAUAAAUUACAAAACAAUAAAAACAAUGUCCUUAUGCUGAAAAUCCGCAUUCUCUCCUUUUUAAAUCCCAUAUCUGGGGUCUGAGGUCUUUGAACGGUUUCUUAAGGCCAUUGGCUCUAUCAUCAGAAAAGAAGACCUUGAUUUAUUCGAAUCAGCGAUACAUACUAGAGAUAAAUAGAAGAAAAGGCGACAUUGAUUUGCUCUUUAUUAUCCGACUGAAGAAAAUACCUGAAAAAUAACUUUUGUUUUUUGUUUUUCUGCAACUGUCUGUUCGACCCGGAGGUCGCUCUUUGUGGGGGGCUCUGUCACGGGGUAAAAGCCUGAGACCUGGUAUCUGGUCAUUUUGUUUGUUUGGUGUUUCCUGCCGGAUCUUUGUUACUCUGCUGACUGAGUUCCUGGACUCUGACCUCUGCCUGCCUUACAUACUACGAUACCCCGCUGGCAGCAGGGACUUAUGCUUCUCGUCUGGCCCUGCCUUUGGAUUAACCCUUUAUUUGUACUGUGUUUUGGUUUUUGCAUUCUCUUUGUGCCAUCUCCUGCAACUGGGCUCCAACUCCCUGAUAAACUGUUACACACCCUAGGCAAAGAUCCAUUUUGCCACCCCCUAAUGCCACUCACUCGCUGACAGACACACAGUGGCAGACACACACACUCACUGACAUACAUAUACACUCACUGACAGACACACACACACUCACUGACAGACAGACACACACACAGGCAGACACUCACUGACAGACAUACACUCACUCACUUACUGACACACACACACACACAGACACUGACUGACACACACACUCGCUGACAGACAGACACUCACUGACAGACAGACACACACACACACACACACUCAGUGAUAAACAUACACUCACUCACUGACAGACAGACACACAGACAGAUAGACAUUCACUGACAUAAAUACACUCACUCACUGACAGACACACACACACACAGGCAGACACUCCCUGACCUACAUUCACUCACUCACUCACUGCCUAUCUGUGAGAGGCAACCGGAGAGUCAGGUGAGGAACAGCCCAGCCACCCUUUUCACCCUCGGCCAUUCACCCUCUGACAUCCAUUCUCUGCCAGUCCAGCAACCUCUCUCACCCUCUGCCAUCCACUGACAUACAUACAUUCACUCACUGACAGACAUACACACACACACACACAGGCGGACACUCACUGACAUACAUACACUCCCUCACUGUCAGGCACACAUACUCACUGACAGUCAAACACUCACACACACACUUACCACAGACUCAGACAUCCAGCCUCCCUACCUUCCUUGGGUCCACUCCUCCAGCGCUCUGUUUAGUAUGCUGGGGCCAGAAUGAUGGCAAAUUCUGGCUCCUGGCAGGGAGGAGUGAGAGGCUGAGGAACAGCCUCCAUCGCUGUCUGGCUUCUCCUUCCCCCUCUCCUUAGGAUAGGUCACCAGCACUUUUUGGCAGAGCAGACACCUCCCAACAAGUUAAGCAGAUGCCUGCUCUGCCUUAACUAAUACAGCUUUGGGGCCGUCCUGAGGUGGCCAGAUGGCCACCUUCUUGCCCCCCCUGUGACAGGGCUCCUCUCGGCGCCUUGAGGGUCCUCUUCGGGCGCCUUGAGGAUCGGCCCGGCGCUGGGGGCGGCUCAAGAGGGGCAGGCAGCCCACCCGGAAACAUCUUGGGCGAAUGCCCAGUUGCGCCGGCCCUGAGUGAGUUUUUGUCCAUCCAUUUGAAAUCAGAUGUGCAACAACUGGAGGGACAGCACCCAUUCCUUCCACUGUCAACAACAUACGCUGUAUUAGUUUUAGUGUAUCGUGUGUCCCUUUAGUGAGUUAAAUGUUAUCUUUAGUUCUUGAAAUAUUUAAAGGGUCAGUCCAGACACCUAAACAACAUUAGCUUGCUGAAAUGUGUGAAGAGUGUGUCCUCUUUAUUCAUUUUGCAAAAAGAUUUCAAUAAAAAUUGACACUUCUGUAAAUGACCUUCCUUAGCUUUCAAGCAGACAGCAUGUACUGUUACUUCCUUGUUUUGUUAGCUCAAUGCAGCAGGCCUCAAGAGGCAUCAAUUGCACAGAGCACUUGACUUGCAAAGACUUCUCAUUGAGCUGUUUUGAGAAGUCUGUGAUUGGACAAAAAAAGAAGGACUGUGUGGGAUUAGAAAAGGAUUGCUUGCAAAGGUAGCAAACAAGAGAACUGCAGGUUUUGCAAGCUUAGAUAUACCCCCAAUGAAAAAAAAAUACAUAACUUAAUGCAUGCACAGUUUCACUUGGGGUAUAUCUACUAAACAGUGAUUUUUAUUUAUUUUUGUAUUUGGCAGUGGAGUAUCCUUUUAAUGAUGUACUCUUUUUACGUGUGUGGUCUCAUGUUAUCUCUUUAAGAGACCACACAAGCAAAUAUAUUCAGGGCUAUUCACUAAAGUGAAACAUUUUGGGAACUGAAAGUGAAUUUUACAAUUCUUCCCACAUUUAGUUAACCAUUUAUGGUGUCCAUUGCUCCGUACUCUGUGUUACUCCGUUAUCGGCUACUAUAAUAUUGAUGGAAGAGGAUCUACUGUCCCCUUUCUCUGUCCCAUUCAUGGGUGAUGGGUGGGGGCCCUAAUUAUAAUAACACUGACACCCUUUAUAAGCUAUCCUACUAUUCAUUUAAUGUUACUCAUUAUUGGUUAUUGUUGUAAAUUGAAAAUAGUUUGCUUUUCCUGUUUCUAAUUGUAUUCUUUAAUUUCAGAAUAUUACUGAGUCCAAAAACGGUGCCACCGUCAGUUUAAAUCCACCACACCAAGAUGUUUAUCCAGAUCCUAACAUCUGCUUACAGCCCACAAAGAUGAUGACAAGGAAGCUAUGCGAUCAUGAAAAGAAGCAUGCAAAUGUAAAUGGUAUGAUAUCUAUUGAAGUCUUAGCACCAUAACCAUUGUGACAUUCUGUUAGGCACAUUAUAAUAUGGGAUACAGAAUGAUAAAGUACAGAAAUAGAAUUACGUUUGUCACUAUAAGGGGGCUGUAGGAAGUGUGGCCUAUGGGAAGCUGCUGUUUACAUCUAUAUAAAAUUGAAUUACAACAGUGUUUUCCUACCAUACCUCGACUGUGUCACAUCUGCAGAGUCUACUGCUAUACCAGCUCAGAGUUCAGAGUUUGCAGUAUAUGUAAGGAAUUUGACCAUUUAAAUCCCCUUAAUGAUGUCCUCUGUAGCUUGCUAUAUGUGGAGUGGUGAUCAUCUCACUCAAUAUGUAUUCCCUCCAGAUGACAUUGUUGGUCUUCCAUAUAACUCUAUUGAAUGCAAUUUUAAAUAGCUUAUCUUCCUAAGCUCCCCCUCCACCUUUUUUACACAUAAUUAGGGAAUCAUUUAGAUUGUUAGUUGAGCUGUAUGGGAAGGUUUUUUUAAUUAGAACAUCAUUUAAAAUUUGAACGUAAUAGUUAUUAGCUUUCCUCUGCAUACAGCUAUCAUGUAUGAUAAACUUUUUCUUAUUCUGUGUUCACAAUAUUAUAACUUUCUAAUCACAAUAACAUUAUGUAUCUCUUGUUGAAUCAUUGAUAGCUGUUUUAUGAGGCAGACUCUCUUUGGUAUUGAUUGCACAUAUCAGAGUAAUUCCUAUCAUAGUAAUAAGAGAAUUAAAGUGUUUUUGCUGAUAUAUUGUGGACAAGUAAAAGGCAACCUCUUAGUGUUGAAACAAACAUAGAAAACAAUAAUAAAGUUGAAUCUCUUCACACUUUUUAAAAAAUUAUGUUUUGGAAUAUUUUGAGGGUUAGGUCCUAGUGCAGUGAUUAAGGGUAGUUCUUUAUUUUUGGGGGUUUUAAGUACAGUCAUUGUUACAUAGUUAUGGAGCCUUAAAAGAGAUAUUCUUUCUCACAUCUGUUUUGUUUCGUUUGAUUCAAAAGAAGGCAAACCCAGGUUGAAGCGCUUUUUAAUUUUGAAACAUACUGAAAACUUCCUUCUUGACCAUAGAAUUGCAUACAGAUCUCUCCUCGUAUCAAAAAUAUGUUACCCCCACCAAUUAAAAAUUAUUUCCCUGAAUGUUCUGUUUUUGCAUGUAUUCAUCCACUUGUUUAAAGGGACAUUAUAGUCACCAGAACAACUAUAUCUUAUUGAAUUUGUUCUGGUGAAUAGAAUCAUUACCUUCAGCCUUUUUGCUGAAAACACUGUCUUUUCAGAGAAAAUGCAGUGUUUACAUUACAGCCUAGUGAUAACUUAACUGGCAACUCCUUAGAUGGCUGUUAGAGAUCCUUCCUGGGUCAUGGCUACCUAAAAUGCAUCCAAACAUUCAGUAUCUCCUCCCUCUGCAUGCAGACACUGAACUUUCCUCAUAGAGAUUCAUUGAUUCAAUUCAUCUCUACAAGGAGAUGCUCAUUGGCCAGGGCUGUGUUGGAAUCAUGCUCGCUCUGCCCCUGAUCUGCCUCUUUGUCAGUCUCAGCCAAUCCUAUGGGGAAGCAUUGUGAUUGGAUCAGACUUCCACUUCUGAUGAUGUCAGCAGACUGCUUGUUUUUCUGAGGCAAACAGCCUGCAGAGUUACAGCUUCAGGCUUGAAUACAGUAAGAUUUUGCUAUAUUUAUGGAGGCAUGAGGGGCCCAGUGGGGGCUAGACGGUGGUUUUAACACUGUAGGGUCAGGAAUACAUGUUUGUGUUCCUGACCCUAUAGUGAUCCUUUAAGAUUCUGAUAAAACCACCACUUCAACCAGAGAUUUCCACAUCCUUAUUGUUCUUUCUGUAAAAGACAAUAUUUUCCUUUGCCAUAGACUAAAUUACCUCAGCCUCUAAUUGUGUUAAAGUCACAUUUUCUGUCUACGUUGCCUAUUUUGAGUGCAAGGAGAUGUAGGGAAGCAGCGCCUUCAGAGUGUCCUCAAAGCCAUGUGAUGUUAAAGUAGUAUGAAAGAGAAUAAGAUAAAAACGAAAUCUAGUGUAGUAUCUUUGGAGACUGAUGAAAAAGCCCUAUCUGGUGAAAUGCGUUUAAAAAAAAAAAAAUUUUUAUGCUGUAUAUUGGUUUUAUUAUUUUUGUCUUAAAGGACCACUAUAGUGCCUGGAAAACAAACUCGUUUUCCUGGCACUAUAGUGCCCUGAGUGUGCCCCCACCCUCAGGGUCCCCCUCCCGCCCGGCUCUGGAAGGGGGAAGGGGUUAAAACUUACCUUUUUCCAGCGCUGGGCGGGGAGCUCUUCUCCUCCGAUCCUCCUCCGUUCCUCCCCGUUGACUGAAUGCGCACACGCGGCAAGAGCUGCAUGCACAUUCAGCCGGUCGCAUAGGAAAGCAUGCUUUCCUAUGGACGCUUGCGUGCUCUCACUGUGAUUUUCACAGUGAGAAUCACGCAAGCGCCUCUAGCGGCUGUCAAUGAGACAGCCACUAGAGGAUUUGGGGGAAGGCUUAACCCAUUCAUAAACAUAGCAGUUUCUCUGAAACUGCUAUGUUUAUAAAAGAAUGGGUUAAGCCUAGCAUUAAGCUGAAGUGGUCUGGGUGCCUAGAGUGGUCCUUUAAAUAAAACUAGUUUUCUACUUGUCCCUUCCUGAUAUUAUCCUUGAGUAUUUAAUCCGGAGGAUGCACAAUUUUAUUUUUGUUGUGGGAAAGAUACCACUUAAACUAUAUAGGAUUGAGAAAAACAUCCUUUUGCUUUCCUUAUGUGAGUAUACUUUUAUUAUUUUUUUUCUCAGCUAUACAGAAAACACUAUAUUAUGUUUUAUUUUCAUCCUAUAUACUGGUGACUUCCUUGCACAUUGAAGAAGAAAACUCGUGAACACCUGGCACCAAGAGUGACUGAUAGACCUGGAGAACCUUCCUGCAGCGGUCCGGGAUCAUCAACACAUCCACAGGCGGGGAUUAUACCACUUAAAGGACCACUAUAGGCACCCAGACCACUUCAGCUCAAUGAAGUGGUGUAGGUGCCAGUUCCCUCUAGUAAACCCUGCCUGCUGUAAACUGCUAUGUUGACAUAUGGGUUAAUCCAUUGACAGCCGCUAGACAUAUGGGUUAAUCUCAUAUGGGUUGACAUAUGGGUUAAUCUCAUUGACAGCCGCUAGAGUCGCUUCCGCGCUUCUCACUGUGAUUUUCAUUGAGAGUGCUUUCCUAUGGACUGACUGAAUGCACGCUCGGCUCUUGCCGCGCACGCACAUUAAGCCGAUGACGUCCGAAGGAGGAGGAGAGUCCCCAGCGCCGAGGGAGCCUGGCGAGUGUUUAACCCCUUCUUCCCCCUUUAGCCCAGCAGGAGGGGGGCCAUGAGGAUGAAGGGGACCUAUUAUUACUAUAGUGUCAGGAAAACGAGUUCGUUUUCCUGGCACUAUAGUGGUCCUUUAAGUGCAUACAUCUGGAGCUGAUCACUGGUUCUAGUAAUCUGUAAGUGGUACAGUAGUGGGAGUUUGAGCUCAGUACUUAUUUUUGUGUAUUUUGUAUCACACAGCCAUGUUACCAUUCUGCCACCCAUCCCAUGUGUUCCCUAUUAAGAGUUAAUAAGUUUGUAAAAGUUUAGAAAAAUACCCCUCUCUGUCUCAUUAGAGGUUUCUUGCCUGAAGCUGAAGGAAGCAUGAUGAAUUGUUAGUGUAGGAUCCACCUUAAAGGUUUGCCUUGACGUGGCAGAUCUGGCUUACAUCUAAUGGCCAUUGGAGUUACUAAAUAACCUCCCACCCCUUCCCGACCUUGGACAUACCAGGUACGUCCGACAAAAAGCAGUCGCUAAUGACUUCGCACUACCUGGUACGUUAGCGGCAAAUCGGACCCAUUUACUUACCUGGACCAGCGAUAUGUGGCGAUCCCGUUUGGGAGGGACUGCCAGAGAGCCCAUCAGUCCCCCUGCUGUAACUCCGGUCCUCCAGGGCCAUGUGAUCACCAUGUGAUCACCAUGAUCACAUGGGCACAAUAGGAGUCUCAUUGCUUCAUUUCACAAAAAGGAAUAAAAGGGAAUGGGUUCAUUGAGUCCCCCUGGAGAUAAAGUGCCCAGUUCAUGGAGCCAAUAGGUCUCUCUAGUCAAUAGCAUUUUGCCUCGGUCACCCCCUCUCUUUCACAAAGAGGAAGGCAAAAUGCUAUUAAGUAGAGAGGAGCUUUUAUAUGCAUGCGUCCAGGACUCGGGGACGCCGAUGGCGGUUCACAGCACCUGGGGUGAGUUUAUGUUCAUUUAUGUUCACUUGUUACUUACCUAUAUAUUUGACUAUUGUUACACUUGUAUGUUAUGUUUGAUCCUGAGGAUAGUUUGAAUGUGGGACUGAAACGUCGAUAUAUUUUAAUGAAAAAUAAAUAAAGUGUUGAAUUUUAACUGGAGAAUGUGAGUGCAGCUUUCUCUACUUUAUAUAUAUAUAUAUAUAUAUAUAUAUAUAUAUAUAUAUAUAUAUAUAUAUAUACACAUAUAUAUAUAUAUAUAUAUAUAUAUAUAUAUAUAUAAUCUCUUAGGCCAGCGAUCAUGACUAAGUGUCAUGAUUGGGUUAAUACACAUUCCUGGGCUACCAUAUGGCCUCAAAAGACAACAUAGACCCAGCAAACAAUCUGUGAAACAGAAAUGGGCAAGCCCUACUGGGUCCUUCCACGCUUGACCUGGCACAUAGAGCUGCAUGGUCUAUUAAAGUGGCCAUCCUACCCCCGCUGUAGACACGGAAUUGUUCCAUUGGCCGUUGUUGCUCCUCCCCCACCCCCCUUAUCUUGUCGGGGCGGCCCUUACAUUGAAUUACCUUAACGAUAUGUAGAGUGUGGUGAGCCAGUGGGCAGGUUCCAUGGGCUUGUCCGUGGGGAGGGGGGGGGGGGCAGGGGCGGUUCAUUGGUGGGGUUGGUCAAUUAGCUCCAAUUUUCGUGAAGUAUAACAGCCAAAUAGUUACAAUUUGCAUAUUAUCCAAUAAUAUGCUCAAGUUGGCACCCUAGUGGUGCGUUUACACAUUGGUCUAUGUCCCUGUUACCCUGGAGCUUCGUUGAUGUCCUAGGAAGGCUUGGACAAACGCCCCAUUUAAGCCUGGCUAUGGGUAAGACCAGGUAAAAGUUGUAUAUACUGUGUGUCACCUUUGUUCUCUACUCUUUUCUUCCUUCUUUCUCCCUUCCCUUCCCUACCUUCCCCUGUUCUUUUUUUCCCUCAGGAGGGGGAUUGGGAAAGAUCUGGAACGACUAUUGGCUGCACGGGGAUCAUAAGGGAUCAGCCCAACAAUCAGUGAGCAUACUAAUACGAGUUGCAUACUGGUUGCCGCCUCACGGUAGGUUGAUAUGUAAGGCACAAUAUAACCCCCUAGUUUUAUCAUGCUUCUGAAACUAAUAUCAUUAAAUGUUAGGGCCUGAAUGCCCCGAAAAAAUGUUGCCUCAUGUUCAGGGAACUUAAACGCUUAGAUCCUGAUAUAGCAUUCCUGCAGGAGACGCAUAUACCGGUGUCGGCAAGGUUUUCCCUAAAAGACCACACCUUUAGUACUGCAUACAAGACUAGAGCACUCAACAAGAAGAACGGAGUAGCUGUGCUCUUGCAUCACAGGUGCCCGUUCAGGGUAGGGACCGUAAAAGCGGAACCGGGGGGUCGGUUGGUGCUGGUAUCGGAGACUCUCCAAAUGACCCGUCCGUUGCCUUUUGGGACGAAAUGGCUCGGUUGGUGCUCACUCUGCCGCAUGGCAUGGUGAUCGUGGGGGGUGACUUCAAUGCGGCACCAUGUCCCGCUUUGGAUAGGGGUCCUUGUGGUGGGUUACCGCGAUCACAUAGAAGGGGCGGGCAAGAUAAAUUGCUUCAUUGUUUCAUAUAACGCGCAGGUCUCAUAGAUGUCUGGAGGGCCCAUCACCCCGACGACCACGACUAUACUUUUUAUUCGGCUCCACAUGACACUUAUUGAUCUAUUCUUGGUGAAUUCUCUCACGGUACCCAAAGUGUCUGACUCCACCAUGGGCUCUAUUACGCGGUCGGACCACGCUGAGGUCACCAUGACCCUAGAUAAAUUGUGCACUUCGUCUCCGUGUUCCUUGAAGUUGAACACUUCCUUACUCCAGGAUGUAGCGGUUGUGGAGACCACUUGGAAAGAAUUAAUGGAUUAUUUCAAUAGGAAUACCGAGACCAGCCUAGCACCGGCCACAGUGUGGGCGGCUCACAAAGCGGUGAUUCGGGAUUCAUGAAGCCACCUUGAAGAAAAAAAUGUAAGGUGAAAUUAUUGUCAUCUCUCUUAGAGUCGCUGAGGAAAGCAGAACAAAAACAAAAGACCGAUGCAUCUGCUCGUACACUAACGGAGGUGCGGGGCCUGCGGGCAUCAGUCUGCGAAACGCUCCUCGAUGAAACGGCCAGAGCUAUCGUAUGGUCCAAGAGAACCUAUUAUGAAAAAUCCAACAAAAUGGAUACGCUCUUGGCCAGAUCGCUCCACCCGUGACAGAGGAGCACCCACAUCACGAAGAUUAAAGAUCCAUCUGGUAGAUACCAAACAGAUACCACCAAUAUCGCUCAAGUUUUCAUGGAUUAUUACACCAAACUAUAUAGUCACUCAUGUGGAGACGCUAACAUCUUACCCAGUGAAUUGAAUAACAUCCGUACUUUUCUAUCCCAACUGUCCCUCCCUAGAUUGUUGGGGACUGAUUAAGAUAACCUACGAAAAAGGUUCUUGACAGAAGAGAUCGAUGCGGCUAUAACCUCAUUGAAAGGCAACAAAGACCCGAGCCUUGAUGGCUUUGAAGGUAGCUAUUAUAAGACUUUCCGCGAGGAACUUACUCCUCAUUUGGAGGCAUGGCUCAUGCACGGUGGCACACGAGAUAGAGAUAUGUUAUUGGUAGACAUAUUCCUAUUGCCGAAACCUGGUAAGGACGACUCAGCCCCGGAAAACUUCCGUCCGAUAUCUCUAAUUAACCAUGACUCCAAGAUCUUGGCGAAAAGACUCGCUAACAGAUUAAACCCUCUUCUAACACGAUUGAUUUACCCGAAUCAGGUAGGUUUUGUGCCUGGUAGACAAUUGUUUGAAAACACUCUACGUAAUAUCAAUCUUAUCUGGAGACAGGCCACUAGGGGGGACUCCUACCUUGAUUCUGUCAGUAGACGCGAGAAGUCCUUUGACAGGGUCAGGUGGCCUUAUUUAUUCGAGGUGCUAGCACAUUUUGGUAUCCCAAGUCCGUUCAUCACCGCAAUUUGCGCUAUGUACUCUAAUGUGCAAGCAUGGGUCCGGAUCUCUAGAGCGAAAAUAGUGCCGUUUCAUUUGGGUAGCGGUACUAGACAGGGAUGUCCUUUGUCGCCCUUGUUAUUUGCGCUAUCUCUACAACCCCUCCUGCAAAAGAUAUGCAACAAAUCGGCUAUUAAGGUAAUUACGGUUGGGGUACAACAGUACGUGGUAUCCGGAUCCGGAUAUCCCGCUGACGCUGUCUGAGCCGAAAACCUCAAUGGCGGCCCUAACGACUGUCUAAACCACUUACAGCGAACUUGCUGGGUACAAGGUGAAUUUGACUAAGUCGAGCGCGCUUCCCAUAUGCGUGAUAGCGACGGACAUAGCUUACAUAGGCCACACAUACCAAUUACGUAUAGCACGGGAUCAUAUUAAGUAUUUGGAUGUUAGGUUGACGGCUGAUCCCGACCAAUUAUUCCAAAAAAAAACUAUGUACCCAUGAUUUGUACCAAUAUCUUCGAUAGGUAGGAUUCACUCUGUAAAAACACAUUUUCUCCCUAGGAUACUGUUCCUCUUUCAGGCUCUCCUGGUCCGAUUAACUAAGUCUAAUUUAGGAGCACUUCAACAAGCUAUUGGAAAAUUAAUUUGGCAGAACAAAAAUCAUAGGGUCUCUCGCAAUGUUCUUUACAGAGCGAAAGCGAGGGUAGGUCUGGUAAUUCCUACACCGUUCACCUGAUUUGGAUGUAAAUACCCUCAAAUUAAAGCUGAAAGUCUGCAGUUAAAGUACAUCUUGUUUGUUUCAUUUUAAACCCAUUGUGUUGGGUUUGAAAUGAAACCAAAAAGAUCCAAUAGAGCCAAAAAGAUUAGAAUUGCGUCGAUGUCCCAAUAUUUAUGGACCUCACUGUACAUAGACCAUUACGCAGACUCUAACGGCAGGUUGAUAGUGAUCAAAGAGCUGAUUGGCAACACGGUAGUGACCUUGGCCAAUCUUUAUCUUUCAAACUCCAAACAAUACAUCUUCCUUUGUAAAUCCCUUAACAAGGUGGAAUGUCACACAGAGGGGAUUCUCAUUUUUCGGGGAGAUCUGAAUGCGUCCAUAGACCCUACACUAGACACCACCUCACAGUCCACUACCUACCAAGCUUCGACUAGAUCAAGAAUAACUCAGCUGCUUGAUAACGCACAGCAAUUUGAUGGCUCCCCCUCAAACGAGGGACUACUCAUUCUACUCAGCAGUUCUGCACUCCUUUUCCAGGCUUGAUAUGCUAUUCCUACCGCAAAGGCAUCUCCACCUGAUUCAGUCCUGUGAUUAUGGCCCUAUAAUUUGGUCGGACCAUGCGCCCCUGUCUCUAGCCAUCCGCAUAUCCACCCUCCCCCCAGAAAGCUUCCAAUGGAAGCUUAACAAUAUGCUCCAUAAUGACCCAUCCAUAGUAAAACAGAUAUCUACUGACUUACAAGACUACUUUUCGGAAAAUUCAUCAACGCUAACUUCAAUCACGUUGGUAUUCCUACAAGGUAGUAAUACGAGGGCACAUUAUUGCACUGGCGUCCAAACACAAGAAACACAGGGAAGCCCAGGUCCUAGCCCUCAUGUGAGACAUUAGACAACUAGAACUGUCACAUAAAAGUAUGAGUUCCCUGGACAUAUAUAAACAACUCAUAGAAAAACUUUCCAUUUUUUUUACUGAUUUCCCAGAUAAAACGCAAACUACUACUUUCCAAACAUUCAUAUUUUACCCAAGGUGGGAGAUGCGGGCGCAUGUUGGCCAAAGCUUUACAACACAAUAGACAAUAAAAUUUCAUAGCCCAGGUAAAAACAUCCACCAGGACAACAUCCCAUCUCUUGCCAGAGAUACUGCAGGCCUUUCACGCCUUCUACUCUAAUCUUUACAACCUCAGACAUUCUUCACCACCCCCAGUCCAACAUAGACCACUUUCUGUCAAAACGACUCACUCAGACGAUUCCACCGAACAUUAGGCAGGUUUUUGACGCCCCCCUCACACUGGACGAAUUCCACCUGGUGGUAAAACAUCUACCGAUGGGCAAAAGCCCUGGACCAGACAGGUUCACAGCCAAAUAUUAUAAAAUUUUCUCCUCCUUACUUGAAGACCCAUUCACGAACACCUUCAAUUCAAUCACACAAUCCAGCACUCUCCCGGACACAGCUUUAGAGGCCCACAUAACUCUGAUACAUAAAUCAGGGAAGGACCCCGUGGAAUGCGGAAGCUACAGGCCGAUAUCCUUGAUCAAUAUUGACCCAAAGUUCUUCACAAAUAUCCUCGCCACCUGUCUCAGACCACUUCUGGGAGACCUAGUCCACCCUGAUCAGGCAGGGUUUGUACCCGGGAGGCAGGCCAAAAACAACACCACUAAACUCCUCAACCUUAUCGGGGAGGGAAGCCUCUCAGAGCCUCAUCCUCACUGUUGAUGAAGAGAAGGCAUUUGACAGGGUGGACUGGUCUCUGCUAACCAGAACCCUCCAAGCCAUGGGUUUCGGCCCAAACUGGAUGAAAUGGAUCUCCAAACUGGGAGCCAGAAUCAUGGUCAAUGGCCAAAUCGGACACAGUGCCCAUUACUAAUGGCAUGAGACCGGGGUGUCCCUUCUCCUUUUCAUUUUAUCCAUGGAACCCUUUCUCCAAGGAAUUAGGGACCACCCGGGCAUUAAGGGUUUUGUCGCGCAGGGCCGCAAACACAAAGUCUCUGCCUUUGCAGAUGACUUGCUUUUCACGAUCACAUCACUCCCCCAUGUAGUCACAGAAAUAGACAUGUAUGCCGAGGUGUCUAACUUCAGGGUCAAUGUCGCUAAAAACGAGAUCCUACCACUCAAUAUUUCUAGCACCACCAAAGACGCCAUAACACAACUGUGCCCCCUCAGCUGGUCACCAGCUGCAGUAAAAUAGCUAGGGAUACAUAUACCUAAAGUGUUAUCGCAGGCAUAUGACUUGAACUUCCCGCCAUUACUAACAUCCAUUGCCACAGACCUCAAGGCCUGGAACAGGCCGCACUUUGGGUGGCUCUGUAGAAUAAACAUUCUCAAGAUGAAUGUGCUUCCCAAAUUUCUCUACUUACUACAGGCUCUACCCAUCAAGAUACCUCCUGUCUUCUUCAUGCAGGGCAAACACCUUUUCCCGUCCUUCCUGUGGGCUAAUAAACACCCUAGACUAAAGUAUACUUGUCUAUCCAGGCAGAAAACUCAGGGAGGCCUUGGUCUGCCUGACCUAGAAAUUUACCACCAAGCCAUCACACUCACCAGAAUAUAUGAAUGGGCACAACCUCACAAUACCAAACAAUGAGUGCAGUUGGAAGCUACUUCAUUCACGGCCCCUAUUCACACAAUACCGUGGCACGAGAAGGGAAAACUCUUCCUAGCACUGGGCCACGCACCACAUCCCACUUUAACACCGACCUUGCUGUGGUCGAAGAUCAGACAGAUCCCAAACAUAGCAUCACAUCCCUCCACAUUGUUCCCCCUCACACAUAAGCCGAUAUUCCCUCCGAGACAUAAGCCAGAAGCAUUCCAGAAGAUAGCACCAGACACAAGCUACCUAUCUACCUAUUAACAGACGAGGGUAUAAGACCCUUCGACGAACUCAUACCACGGAACCAGCAAACUAAAUUGCUUUGGUUCAGUCAUAGGCAAAUCACUCACUAUAUCCAAGCUAAACCCAUACUCCUAAAGGGCUCUAGAACACCCACCCAAUUUGAAACAAUAUGCUCCACACAUAGUUUAAAAACCAAACAUCUAUCCACCUUCUACAAACUUAUCCAGAACAGGCCAGAUAACUGCCUCCCAGACUUUACCAAACAGUGGGAGAAAGAACUGGGGGUAACCCUAGAGGACAGAGAAUGGACACGUAUUUUCACGAACAUCUUCAAAUCAUCCCUGAGUACUAACACCCACGGGGAAACUACAAAAUAAUUCACGUGAUCACCGGCAUACAGCUCCCCACCCCUGUCUCCCCAGUCUAUGUUGUUCAUACUUUAUCCCUCUCCUAUGCCCAAACAGACCAGACUGCUGCUAAACCAUCUUCUCACAGCCGCAAACAGCCUGAUCCCCAUUAAAUGGAAACUACCUACGAACCCCUACAUUAGAGAUAAUGGAGAUAAUUAGACUCACAUCAGGAUAAUGGAGGAGCUAUCUUACUACUUCUCACACGGGUACAAUGGACAAUGCACACAGUUUUUCUCAACUUUCUCGUUCAAGAAGUCCUCUUUCUACUCCAUCUUUAAUGUCAGCAGCAACAUAAAGUGUUGUCCCAUCAGCAGCAUCUUCAAGCAAACAGAUACUGAAGACAGCUGCAUCCAAAAAUUAUUCACUAACUUAAUUUAUAGACAAGAUGACAAAAAAUUGAUCAAGCUCUUGCAAGAGCAAUAUGUUCUUCUGGAACGCCGUUUUCAAUAACUGAAAAUACAUACUGGCAGGGAGCUUUGAAAUUAUUAAGACCAUCAUACCAAUUGACCAGCAGACAUUCUUUGAGCAAGCCUCUAUUGGAGUCAGAAUAUGAAUGUGUAAUGGAAUCAGUGCAAGGAAAAAUUAAUGAAGCACUGUGUCUUGCACUACUUACAGAUGGAUGGACAAAUGUGAGAGGAGAAGGAAUUAUAAAUUUUGUUAUAACAACACCUCAGCCAGUUUUUUACAAAAGCAUUGAAACAGGAGAGAACAGACGUACUGCAGAGUAUAUCAGCUGUAAUAUCUGUCAUGUCCUACAGAAAACUGGGUGUGGUAAAGUAUUUGCUUUGCUUACUGACAAUGCCAGCAAUAUGAAAGCAGCAUGGGAAAUCAUAAUGGAGAAGUAUCCACAUAUUACUGCAAUAGGAUGUGCAGCCCAUGGGCUAAACUUGCUUUUUAAUGAUAUUAUGGAGGUGGACACCCUUCAAAUGGUCUAUAGAUGAGCAAAAUAAGUUAUUAAACAUGUAAAAGGUACUCAUAUUGUAUCUGCAGUUUUCAAGAAGAAACAAGUCGAAAACAAAUGCAAAGAAUAGCAAAUGCAAAGAAUAGCAUAAUUACAAUAGCAUAGUGAUCUCCUUUGAAAGUUUACUAAAAAACAAAGGCGCUCUUCAAGAAACAGUAAUAGUUGAAGAUCUUAUAGUACCCAGGAGUGUAAGAAACACUUUUCUUGAUCAGGAUGUCUUCUGGGUUAAGCUGUAAAAUUCCCUGAAGAUUCUAAAGCCAAUUGCUGCAGCAAUCACUGCAUCUGAAUCAGAUAGUGCACUUUUCUCAGAAAUCCCUUAUCUAAUGACCAAGAUAAAAACAACUGUUUUCGAAAAUCUCAGUUUACCUCCACUUACGACUAUAGAAGAAAGUAAAAUGAAAGAUUCUAUUUAAAAAAGGGAAUAAUUUUGUUGUCAUCCAAUUCAUGUAGUCUGUUGGAUCCAAGAUUCAAAGGUGCAAACAUAAGUGAUGAUGACACUGCUACUGCAUUUGACUGGAUCACAAAACAAGCAUCACAUUUUGGACUUGAUGUUGGGAAGGUACUUUCGAAUGUUGCAGAAUAUAGAACAUCUUCAGGGAUUUGGUCCAGGAAUGCAAUCUGGGAUUCUGCCAAACAUAUUCCUUCUGCAACAUGGUGGCAAGGUCUUUGCACAAGACAGCCUCUGACUCCUAUUGCUUCUCGCCUUCUCCAGAUACCUCCAUCUUCUGCAGCAUGUGAACGAAUAUGGCCUAUGUUUGGAAACACUCACACUAAGUCAAGAAAUAAACUGAGAUGUGAAAGGGUAGAUAAGCUUGUUUCGAUCCGGGCAAACCUUUUUAGAAGUUCCUAAUUGUGAUGACGGACAAAAAAGAGUAGCUGCAGAAGCAGAAACGGAUACUGACAAUUUCAGCUCAGAAAAUGAUUCUGAUUAAAUGCCCAUUGAAACUUAGUCCCACUCUCUUCUUAACACUUCCCCCAUCUUUAAUUCUUUUUAUGAGAAUGGGGUUUUUAUUUUUAUUUUUAUUUAAUACUGUGGAGAGGAAAUAUGAAAAAUUGUUACUUUUGGUUUUGAAAAUUGUUUUGUGGAGGCUUUUUGGCUGUUCCACAUAAACUAGUAAGCAGGUCAGGAGAUUGUUGCUCCCUUUGUUACAAAUAAAUAUUAUAAAAAAGUAAAUUCUAUUUGUGAUAAUUGUUUGGCUACACUAUAUUUUUAAUAUGCUAGUUGUGAUAAUUGUAUGCCAAAUCAAAUUGUCCAUAGUCAUAUUUUAUGUUCCUAACGUAAUAGAAUGACUUUCAAUCUUAAAAAGACAAAAAAAGUGCUAAUGUAGCAUUUUUUUUCAAUUUUUCCAAAAAUUUCAUUUUUUUUCCAAAAAAAAACCCGAAAAAAAAAUGGUUUUUUUCCAAGGUUCAAAAUUUCUUGAAAUUUUACAUCUCUAAAUAAGUCCAGUAAUAAAACAAAUAAAAUAUAAAAGACUGGUAUAACUCACAUGUACAAGAGCUAUAGCUAGCUCUGGUGUCAAAGGCGUAUAGCGGUACAAUCCCUGCAUAUGUGGUAAACUUCCUCUGUCAAUGGUAUGUUCGACACCCAAAUAAAAAGAGACAACCAAUAGUGCUCACUGGAUAAAAUAAUGGAAAUAAAAUAUAUAAAAUGAUACUCAUAAGGAAGGAGCAGACAAACUGCUCUUUGAAGAUAGCGCUGGUGGUGUGAUCCCCACUUAGGAUUACUUGGAGUCCAGGGUGAUAAAAAUGCCAGGUAAAAAACAAUCUAAAGUGUAUAAAAAGAUAAAUGGCACAAGUAAAAAGUGACCACUAGGCAACCGCCGACGUCGAAGCAAGUAGACAGAGUUUAAACGUCAGCACGCAUAUAGUUGCGGCUGACGUCAGGAAGAGAUGGCGUGUAACUAUAUGACGACGGCACGCACAAAGCUGCGUCCAUCGUCAUGAAAAGUAGGUGUGUGUCUAUAAGCCGACGGCAUGCACAAAGCUGCGGCCGUCGUCAUGGGGAAUAGACAAGUUGAUGGGAAAGAAUAUAAAACGUUGGCACGCACAGAAUUGCGGCCGACGUUAGAAUAUGGGAGUGUGCCUGACACACUGAAAAGUGUAGUCAGGCAUGGUGCCAUAUAUAGGGAUGAAUGAGUUACCUAUUAUUACUGCUAGGGGAGGGAUGAUAAUAAAAACAGUUUAAAAAAGCGCAUAGCCCAUCAUAUAAUUAUGACAAUCAGUAACAUAAUAAUACCAUAUAAUAAGUAUUGAAUAUGAACAAUAUAAGAACAUGAAUACUAUUAAAAUUUAAAUAAAAAAAUGAUAAUAAAUAUUUAUAAAAAAUUGAACAAAUCAAAAUCAGCAUUCAAACCAUGGGGUAUAAGAGUCUGGAGUUUAUACACCCAUUCCAUUUCAGUUUUACCUAAAAUGUUUUUAAUAUUUCUGCCCCUCCAUGGAAUGGUAAAUUUUUUUAUUCCAAUACAUUUAAGCAUUCUUGAGUCCUUAUGUUUAAUAAAAUGUUUGGAUACUGAGUGAUUUAAGUAUCCAUUUUUAAUGUUUCUACAAUGUUCGCUUAAUCGUGUUUUUAAGCACCUUGUAAUCAUUCCAACAUACUGGAGGCCACAGGGGCAUUCAAGCAGAUAAAUAACAUUUUUCGUUGUACAAUUAAUAAAGUCAUUAAUUUUAUAAACCUUAUUUGUCAUUUUUGAAAUAAAUUGAGUUACUUUAUGAGGUAUAGCGGGAUCAGUAGCUCUGCAAACUAUACAUAUUUUGCAUUUACAAAAACCUUUGAUUUGCGGAAAGUGGGAUAAAGGGGGUACAUUUUUUAUUUCUUUGGUAAAAUUCUUAGUUAAUAUUGAUUUAAAUUUGGUGCUCUUGAUUUAUUCAUAGUCCUGUGAGUUGCAAAAAAAGAACAUGUUAAAAUUGGAUAUUUCUAAACCCAUGACAAAACUUAGAAACUUUUUACCAUGUGUGUUCUUUGGCGGUUGUAGAUGCGUAACAGAUUUUGAGUGUCAAAGUUAGAAAAGGUGUUUUUUUUUUUUUUUAAAUGUCAACAUAUUUUAUAAUUUGAUGAAAAUAAUGGUAUCUUUAGAAGGAUCAUUUAACCCCUUAAGGACACAGCUUCAAAAGCGUGUCUAGCACUUAAGGACACAACAUUUUCAAAUUUUUUUUGCUGUUUGCGUUCAACUGCAAUUUGCAUUUUACUAUUUUAUUGCACCGACACAUAUUAUAUACCGUUUUUUAAAGGACAAAAAGAGCUUUAAAUUGAUGUAACAUAUACAUAUAUAAAUGCUUAUUUAUUAUAAAAAAAUACAAAAAAAUGCCCAAAAAUGUAAAAAUAUUGGGUUUUUUCUUCAGUUUUUGCAAUAAUAAUGUGUGCAUAAUUUGUGCAGGUUAAGGAAAGUAAUUAAAAAUAAAUUAAUUUAGUUGUUCUGAUUUACAGAAUAUAUAAUGUGUCUGGGGUUUUCUGUUUUUUUUGGUAGUUACAGCUCACAAAACACAAGGAGUAAAAUAAACUUUUAAUGUGGAGUGAUUUUAGAAUUUGGUAUGUUUGUCUUGUAAGCUUAAUAGCCAUAAAAGAAAACAAAAUUGCCACACAAAAGUAUAUAUUUAUAUAAAGAAAACAUCACAGGCUAUUUAACACACACACAAAAUUAUAACAAAGAACUUCUCUUGUGUAUUUCGUAAAGUUAGUGUGUGCUAUUCCUGUACAAAACCUAAUUUUGUGUUCAGCUACAUCUGCUGAGUACAACGAUACCCCCAUUGUAUGUCUUUGGCACUUUUUCGUGAAGCUAUAGCGCCAUAUAAGAGACCUGUCCAUUUCGGUAUAUACAGUAGCAUUUUGAGAGACGGAUUUGAUGGGCCUAUGUUUCAAUUUGGCCACUAUAGCAGUUUGACUGUUGGAAAACCCCCCACAAAGGCCUACCAUUUGUAAAAGUAGACACUCCAGGGUAUCUCAUAUGGUGCAUAUUGUGCCUUAACAUGCCCCCAUUUUUUUACCAAUGUAUGUCAAAGUUUGUGGUAAAACAUAAUUUUGGGCAUUUUUUACAACUGCAUUACUUUUUGCUGGGCAUUUUGUAUAUUUGAUAUGUGUCACUAUGAUCAAAGCCCCGGAAUUAUGCUCAGCUAAGUCUUCUGAGUAAAAUGACACCCCCAUUGUAUGUCUUUGGCACUAUUUCGUGAAGCUACAGCACCAUAUAGGAAUCCUGUCCAUUUCAGUAUUUACAGUAGAAUUUCGAGAGACAGAUUUGAUGGGCCUAUGUUUUAAUUUGGGCCACUAUAGCAGUUUGACUGUUGGAAAAAACCCCACAAAGGCCUACCAUUUGUAAAAGUAGACACUCCUGGGUAUCUCAUAUGGUGCAUAUUGUGCCUUAACAUGCCCCCAUUUCUUCACCAAUGUUUGUCAAAGUUUGUGGUAAAAAAAAGACUUUGGGGCAUUUUUUACAUCCGCAUUACUUUUUUGCUGGACAUUUUAUAUAUUUGACAUGUACCACCAUGAUCAAAGCCCUAAAAUUAUGCUCAUCUAAGUCUUCUGGUAAAAUGACACCCCCAUUGAAUGUCUUUUUUUUUUUUUUUUUUUUUUUUUUUCAUCUUGACAAAAGUAGCCAGGUAACAUUGACAUUAUGUCUUAUGCAAAAGCCCAAUAAAUCUCAAACAUAUUCAAUUGUAGUUAUACAGAUGCUAAUGCAGUACAAAACCAGCGAUAAAAGUAGUGAUAUGCUUAUUUGGCUACCUGCCAAGGGAUUUUUUUUGUUUGUUUGUUUUGUUAAUCCUUUGAUUGUGCUCAAUAGACACAGCGGGUUUACAUAAACUUUUGGGCUUACGCAGAAGCCUACUUGAAUAAAAAAAUGUGAAACAUAUUGCAGUGCGACAGAUACAACAUAAGCCCAUUCCUUAAAAAGAAAAACCAUUGGUAUCUGUCGUCUACUGAGGGUUUUACGUUUUCAUACACUUCCUUUUUCUGUUAAAUUCUUUAUGUUCCCUUUUUGGAAGUUUUAAUUUUCACCCUAAACAGAACAGGUGUAUAUACACUCUUAGGAUUACGAUGAAGCCGAAGGAACUACAUAGCUUUAUAAGGAAAUACUAUGCAAUCUUAUCCUCGCAUGCGCUCUUUACUAUAAACCCUUGGGGCCCACAGUCUAUUGGGGUAAUUUAUGUUUUAAACAAAGUUAAGUAGUUCAAGUAGCCUUUAUGUUCACUUAUCAUUCUAGUACUUAAGCUACAUUAUUCCUCCGACCGUGUGAUCUUGCCUAAAAAAAAAGAAAACAAAAAACAAAGAGAAAGGAAGAGAGAUAGAAGAAGAGAAAAAAGAUGGGGCAAGAAAAACCAGAGAAAUAGAAAAGGGGGAGGAGGGGUGAGGGGAGAGUGGGGGGGGGAGUGCAGCCACGUCGUUGACAAUUAAUUCACCUUCAGCAAGGAUGUGUAGAUCUUGGGUUCAUUCCCAUAUGUGUGAGGCUCUCAAUCUCCAUUCGAGCCCACUAUGCUAUUGUCCCAUGGUUCCCACGUUUUUUGGAAUGUCGUGAUGGUCCCUCUCACCCUUGCCGUUAGAUCGUCCAUGAUUCUACACUCUUUGAUUCUGGAGAUAACCCCUGUGAAUUCUGGGCCCUCAGGUGUGAGCCACGCUGUCGCAAUCGCUCGGCGUGCACACAAAGUAAUCUUGUGUACUAGUUUCUGUUCCCUUUUGGUCCACCCGUCCACAGAUCUAUUCAGCAAGUAUAUCCACGGAUCCAAUUUUACGGGCCUGUCGAACGUCUGUCUUACCAGAUCCUCGACGGAUCUCCAAAAUCCCCGCAACUUCGGGCAUUCCCACCACAUGUGGAUGUAUGAUCCUCGGGCUCCGCAACCCCUCCAGCAAUCGUCAGUCUCCAGUUUGUGCAUUCUAUGUAGUUUGAUUGGAGUAGUGUACCACCUAAACAUAGUUUUCCAAGCCUGCUCCUGAAGGGUGACACAUAUUGAGACUGUAGCAUUCUCCUCCCAUAUCUCCUGCCAUUCGACCCCCUCCAGGACCUCCCCGAUGUCGGUCUCCCAUUGGUCCGUGUAGGACAAUCUUCCCCAUUCUCCAUUUUCUUCACUAAGGUGUGCAUAUAGUAGAGUGAUCAUCCCCUUGGGGGCUACUCCGUCGGAACAUAAUCUCUCGUAGAAGGUGGGUUUCCCCAAUGCUGCUGUUUUAAUGUGUUGUUUUUUCGCGAAAUCCCGAAUUUGAACGUACCUAAAGAAGUCUGCUGGGGUUAGGUGGUUUCCUGAUUGAAUAUCUGAAAAUUUUAUAAACUCCCCGUUUUGAUAGAGCUGAUGUAGCCGUUGUAGUCCCGUUCUUUCUAUAUUGCGAAAAUCUCUGGGGGCCAUGCCAGGAGAGAAUUCUCUGUUUCUAAGGAUCGGGUCAAGGGGGAGGGGGAUGACGCCAGCCCAUAUUUGAUGUUACAUGUGUCCCAAAUUCGAAUCGAGUUUAGGAUCGCCGGGCAUGUCAUCCGUAUCGCCGGUCUGUGGUCCUUUGGAACCCAUAUCGUAAACUGGGGUACGUAAACACCCACCAUCAUAGACUCAAUUUCUACCCAACUUCUCUCAUCUGGUGUGGAGUGCCACAUGGCUAUCUGCAUCAGUUGGGCCGCUAAAUAGUAGAAAUAGAGAUUCGGGAGGCCUAGGCCCCCUCUAUCCUUUCGUCUUUAUAAUAUCUGUUUGGAGAUUCUAUGUCUCUUAUUCUGCCAAAUAAAGUCUCCUAUAGAUCUUUGCAGGGGGAUUAGUUGCAUCUUUGUGACCCUGAUGGGUAGCGCCUGAAAGAGAAAUAAUAUACGUGGGAGGAUGUUCAUUUUUACCGAAUUUAUCCUGCCUAUCCAGGAAAUGGGUUUUUCUGUCCACUUGUCUAGGUCUCCCAUCAGCUCCCUGAGCAUCGGGGCGUAGUUAGCCGGGUAUAGACGUCCGGGGUCCGCUGUCAAAUGAAUUCCUAAGUACUUCAGAAAAUCUGUUUCCAUUCUAAUUUGGUAGGUCUCCUGUAAUCUAGCUGUGUCAUCUUGCGUUAGGCAGAUCGGGAGGGCGCUGGACUUCUGAAUGUUCGCUUUAUAUCCUGAUACCGUGCCGAAUUCUGUUAUCACAUCCUUUAUCACCGCCAUUGAUUCAUGAGGGGUUGUAAUGGUCAAUAGGACAUCGUCCGCAUAGGCCGACACCUUAAACUCUUUAAGUAAAAAACAGAGAUAAAAAAUGGCGCUAAAAGUGAUUACAAUAUAUAGGAUAUCAUAUAUAAUCAACCAGUGCAGCACACACUCAAACUCACCUUAAACUCUUUGUCUCCCACCCGAACACCUGCUAUGUUCGGAUGCCGGUGUAUCGCAUGAAGCAAGGGCUCAAGCGCUAGUACAAAAAGAAGGGGAGACAGUGGGCAACUCUGUCUGGUUCCGUUGUACAGUUUGAAAGGGUGUAGCGGAGCUCCCGAUAUCUGCACCUGUGCCUGCACGUUGUGGUACAUUGCUCUUGUUAUUGUUAAGAAUUCGUCUGGGAAGGCCAAAUUCUUCAAGACUGGAAAUAGAAAUUCCCACCGGACCCUAUCGAAGGCCUUUUCUGCAUCUAUGGAUACCACUAACAUAGGGGUCUCCGAAGCCACUUGUUUCCAAAUCAAGUCGAUAUUCCUUCUAGUAUUUUCGAACAAUUGCCGACCUUGGAUAAAACCUACCUGGUCUGCGUGAAUAAGAGAGUGUAAUAGCGGGUUUAGUCUGUCUGCUUGAAUUUUCGCCAAGAUCUUCAGAUCAUGGUUGAUCAGUGAGAUGGGUCUGUAGUUCUCGGGGUAUAGUGGAUCCUUUCCAGGUUUGGGCAAUAGUACUAUGGUCGCCAGGGACAUGUCAUGGUCUAAUUGUCCGCCCUGCCGUAGGUUAUCAAAAAGACGGGCCAAUUGAGGCGUUAGUUCUUCUCUGAAUAUUUUCAGAGUGUCCAUCUUGUUUGCCUUUUCGAAAAAGGUCCUUUUUGACCAGGUCAUGGAUCUAGCCGUAUCGUCCAAUAGAAGAGUUCGGACUUCACGUCUGGUUGCUUCCAGUUGCCUGAGAGUGCCCUCUGUAGGCGCAGUUUGGUGUUUUUGUUCUAGGGAUCUCAGUUGUCCCAGUAAAGUUUCCAGUUUCUGGUGCUUCAUUUUCUUUCUCCUGGUGGCCAGUUUAAUUAAGGUCCCCCUAAUGACCACUUUGUGGGCCGCCCAGAUCGUACUUGCGUUCACUUCGGGAGUGGUGUUGAUCUCAAAGUAAUCUACGAUUCCCUUCCUAGUUUGCUCCAGUAUUUCCGGGUCACGAAGCAGUGACGUGUUCAAUUUCCAAGUCCAUGGUGAGGCAACGCAUAGAUUGCCCAAUGUGAUGGAAAUAUCCGCGUGGUCCGACCAAGAUAUAUUGCCCACCUGCGACCCUACUGUUCGGGACAUUCCCGCAGCGUUAGUCAAGAAGAGAUCUAUCCUUGAAUACGUUCCGUGGGGAGCUGAGUAGAAAGAGUAGUCCUUAUCCCCUGGAUGGUGAGCUCGCCAUAUAUCCACCAUUCCGGUUUCGGCCAUGAAGUCUUUAAGUAGACGGUCCUGGCCGCCCCUACCCUGUGAUCUAGGAGUUCCCCUCCGUGAGCUCCUAUCUACCGCUGGGCACGGGACUGCGUUAAAAUCGCCACCUAAAAGUAUCAUUCCGUUGGGGAGCCCUGAGAUUUUCUCUCGAAGCCCACCCCAAAACUUUGGGUCCGGCUGAUUCGGUGCAUAGAUGUUAAUCAGAUGGAUGGAAUGAGAGUGUAAGAUGCCCGAAACAACAACAAAACGGCCGUCCGGGUCCUCUUCGUGAUAUGUUUCGCGGAAGGGGCAACUACCUCUAGUAAGUAUCACCACCCCGUUACGUUUGCAGUGGGACCUGGCCUCGUAUGAACCGACAUACGUGUGGUCUCUCAACCUGAACUUGGCCUGUUUAGGUAAGUGGGUUUCUUGGACAAACGCAAUGUCCGCUUUCAUUCUCUUGAAUUCUUUGAACAGGAGCCGACGCUUCUUUGGGGUGUUAAGGCCCUUAGCAUUCAGGGAAAUGAUCUUAAUCUCCAUCGGGCGGAGCGUUUAUGAUUCUAUAUUUGUUUCUCAUGACCUUAGUCACAUCCUGCUCCCUGGUAGGACUCUGAAAGAGAACCGCUGCUAGCCCCCCGCAUCCACCACCCCCCAGAAGAAAGGUAAAGAGUAGGAAAGGAAGGGUAGAAAGAAGAAAAAGUAGAGAAUAAGAACAACAUCUGGACUCAGUCCGAUGUACUGAAGAUCUGGUCUUACUGAUUGCCAGAUUAUUGUGGGGGACAUCAUCCCACAUUCCCGCCACGAUCAACGUUGGGAGGAACAAUGGGACCCUGAGCUCCUCCACACAGGCGCCACUUAUUAUUUGCUUGGACCUCUAUGUGAACCGCUAAAGUAGCCGCCUUAUCUAUUUUGGUGCCCUUUCCCCUCCCCACAUUAGUUCUGGUGCUGUCUGGGGAACCCUAACCAAGUCUCCGCCCUGCUUGGGCCCAGUAGAAACUGAGACUGUCUGGGUUCAGUACCCUGUGCUACCAGGGUCACCACCCCUCGUGCAUUCACCUCCUCCCCGCUGCCAUGCCAUUGAGACAAAGAAAAUACUGUACAAUAAAUAAACCAUUAACUUAUAUCAAUACGGGCUAUUAGAUUCAUUGCGAGCGGUAUGGAUCACAUAACGUAUUGGAUCCUUUUUUUCUUUUUCGCUUUUUUUUUUUUGGGGUGGGGGAGUUUUGUUUUGUCUACCUUACAUCCACACAUCCCCCCCCCCCACCCCCAUGCCCUUAAAAUGCCACUCAUCCCCUUCAAUAAAUCGUUCAUAACUGCCCUUUGUUGGUUGGGUGUCAGAGAUUGGGGGAGUAUCCAGAAAUAUUCAUAGCUAUUUCCAUCUUAACGCCAGUAACCGUGGCUAAUACCAUAGAUACGAGGGGCGAAGAGGAUCACCCAUUCAACCAUAGUGUGAGCAAAAGCCUUGACAAGACGGGGGUCACAAUACGAGACCCUGCCCGUUAGGAGCCCAUUGGGAAAAAAACUGCCUGCCUGUUCCCUGUUACUCUGUGUCACUGAGGUCGCCCCCUCCCUGUGCCUCCCCACCCUGCCUCACCCUUAACCAUCAUGAGACACGGUACAAUAUGCAUCAAUCACUCAAACAAUAGUAUUGCAGGCAGUACAACUCAAUGCGCUCAGUACGUGUCGCAUAACGCCCUGUGUUCUCCCAUCUCCAUCGUCGCAUCCCCCUCUCCCCCUCCCCUGCCACACCACUCCAAAAAACCCGCCAGGAGCCAACUACCUCCGUCCACCUGCUAUUCCUGAUCUUCUACUGUCAGUCAGGUGCCAUAUCUUGGAGGAGUAUACAUGCGUAUUUGUUAUCACUUGUCUCAGCUCAAUUGUCCACAUCAAGAACCAUAGGGAACAUGUAUACAUUGGGAGAACACAUAAAACUAUAGUAUGCGCUAUUGCCUACGGCAUACCCUCCUAUUAAGAUAGAUCCAACUACCCAACUGUCCGAAUUAUUGUUCCCCCGUCCGGAUAGUCGCCCCCCGUGGCCGACCUCCUACAAGAAAGUCAUAGGUCCUGCCAAAGGGGGCAAGCAGCCGCACAGGAAAACAACCUAUUGUGCCGAAGAGCAUUUAGUAUUAAACUCCCGGCCUGUACCCCCCUAACUGUUUGCUCAGGGAAGCCACAUGGUACUGAAAUUUCAAGGGGUUUGCCACCAUUGUUAAGGGUGCCAAUAUGGGGGGUUUUAACUAGCGAAGUUAGGUAAGAUACUUGUCUACAGACACCUUUACUCUGGGAAGGCCUAUUGAUUUAGCAAUUUUAGGACUAACCUGUCCUAUAGAAAUGACACGUGGAGAUUUUGCAUUGUCAGAUUCCAAUCACUUUCUCUAGUAUUUAUCGUAUAAUUGUAUGUAAAAAAUAAUGAACAACUUUCGAUCCUGCCUUCCUUCCCUCGCACUCUUUUCCUCACUUUUUUAUUUGUAUUUUAUUUUUUUUUUAUUUUUUUUAUUUAUUUUUUUUGUAAAUUAAUUUCUAUGUUUUCCUAUACUAUUUAAACUUAGGCAGGAAAAGAAAGGAGGGGGGGGGGGGCCUUGUGCCCUCCACUUAACAAUGCUCAGCUCCAAUAGUCACACCAGCGGGACAUUCGUAUAAUACACCGAAACUGUCCUGGGGUGUCUAUGACCCCUAGUUAGUCCCUCUCCGCUGUCCUCACCCGAAAACAGAAGGGAAGAGGUGUCCGUGUCCCAUUUCCAAGGGGCGUUACUGUGGUCCAAGUCUGCCCCUCCGUCCGUGAGGAAAAAGGAUCGGCUUUCAGAAGUGCCCCAAUGGCCCCAACAGAGGGCCAGGUGAACGACGAGCAUCCCAACAAAGGGCGAGAUGGGCAAAAUGGGGGGGACAACAAGAAAAACGGGGGAGACCAGGGGCUGACCCAUUACCAUCUCAUCCCCACCCAAACAAUACAAUAACGCUCUUCUAGCAUAACGGAUGCAGUCGGGCAUUUACAAACCCACUGAGCGAGUCAGGGAUCCCCGGGUCGGCCAGAAUAGAGCGAGAGGCAAAGACGAUGGUCUACCCCAAGCGCCUCAUGUGCUGCUGAGGCCCCGCACCCGAGCCCCCCGCCCAACAAAAAAAAGGAGGAAAAAAGUCCCGAUCACCAAAAAUAAAGGGAGACUAGGUUGAAGGGAGAGAUGAAAACAAAAAUAAAAAUUAGAAACCCAAAAAACGAUGAAUACGAUACCGCUAGCAGUUAGCGCUGGCUUCUGGGCCCUACUCUGCGCCACUCCGUCUGAAGUUGAGGAAGCUCCGCCGGACACAUCGUCAGGUCAGGUAGGUCUGGGGGAGGCUGGAUUCGCAAGCCCUGGAACAAGCACUUUGGGUCUCCUCCUGGUGACAGGACGUGAGCUCUCACUUCGCGGAACACCAUUAAUUUGAAAGGGAAGCCCCAGGCAUACUUCAGGCCUGCCCCUCGCAGAGCCCCAGUUAUGGGCCGCCAAUCUCUCCUCCGCUGUAAGGUCGAGGGAGCCAGAUCUUGGAAGAACGAGAUAGUAGCUCCUGCGUGCCGGAUCGGCCCAUCACGGCUCUUCUUCAUCAAGGCCUCUUUUGUUUUGUAGUAGAGGAAUUUUAUUAUAAUAUCUCUCGGGGCGUUGGCUUCGGCCCUUUGUAUUUUCAUCGCCUUGUGAGCUCUCUCCAUAUGCCACUGUUCUUCUGGAAUGUGUGGUAGUAACGGCCUAAAAACUGACAACAAGAGCCCCUGCAGGUCUUCCUCCGACCCUUCCGGCAAGCCUCUCACGCGGAGAUUAUUUCUCCGAGAACGAUUGGCCAUAUCUUCUAGGGCCAAAUCCAUGUCGACCAUAUGCACUGUCAUGUGAUUUACUCUAUCGGCUACCUCGUUAUGGGCCUGAGUUGUCGCUUCCAUGUGGUCUUCAAGUUUAGCCGUGCGCUCUCCCAGGGCACUUAUGUCGGCCUGCAGUACGGCUGUCGACUUGGCUAUUUCCCCAGCAAGGAAUGAUCUAACCUCCGCCAAUUUAGCGAGAACAGUGCUUUGUUCCGAUACAAAGGCCGGGCUGAGAGGGGCAAUCAGGGCAAUAAAAGAUGGUUUCCGUCCUUAUGCCCCUCUGGUAGCACAACCUGCACCUUUUCGGGGGUGUCUUCUUUUUGGGGGUUGGUGGUAUCCAGAAACAGAAGUGACCUGUCUCAACCCUUCUGCUGCUAGGCCCUGCUGAUGGUUCCCCACUGUGGCACUCAGUGAGCAGCCCAAAAAUGAUUUAAUGUCAGCAUUUGCCUUUUUGUACAGAAUAAAGACAUUGUGAGUCGCCAUUUGCAUAAGGUAAAUGCCAACCUUAUUGUACCAUGCCCUGGUCUUCCUCAGUAUUAAAUAGGGUUGCAGCAGUUGGUCAGACAGGUCAACUCCCUCCAUGUGCUUGUUAUACUGCCUAAUGCAGACAGGCACCCGUCUAAUUUCUUGUCUGCCACGAACUGCGACUCUUCGAGUGUGCUCAGUAUGCAUAAAUGUUAGCAUGAACACCUUCUUCUUAUCUUUGAAUUUGAGAGCCAGCAGUUCGUCCUGGCAGAGAGUCCCCCUCUUGAGCUUUUUUUGUGCCAGGGCUUUUGGGAAAUCGUGUCUUUCGGAUUGUGCCGCAGGCCACAGUUUCAAAGCAAUAAAGCAUCCUAAGAAGAGGGAUGCUAUUAUAGUAAUAAUUGUCUAUAAAUAAAUGAUACCCCUUAUUUAGCAAUGGGUUAAUUAAAUCCCAUACGAUUUUUCCACUCGUCCCAAUGAUAUCCGGGCAACCUGGGGAAUCCAAGUGGCUGUCUUUACCUUCGUAAAUACGGAAGGUGUAAACAUAACCACUGGCACUUUCACAAAGUUUAUACAACUUUAUCCCAUACCGGGAUCUUUUGGCCGGGAUAUAUUGUUUAAACCCCAGUCUGCCCUUGAAUUUCAUUAGAGACUCAUCUACACAAAUAUUUUUUUGAGCCAAACUGUCUGUUGAAGUGGGAAAUAAGGGGGCGAAUCUUACAGAGAUUAUCGUAUUGAGGAUUAUCUCUCGUGGGGCACUUUGAAUUGUUGCUGAAGUGUAAAAAGCGAAGCAUUGCUUCAUAUCUGGACCUGUUCAUGGUCUGGGAGUAAAUAGGGGUGCUGCAUACAGGAUUUUUGGAACAGUACAUCCUGAUACUGGGUUUUUUAAUAAUGCCCAUUAGCAUUUUUAGUGCCCAAAAUUUUUUUAAUUCUGGCACACUGGUGGGGUACCAACUCCCUUGCCUGGCGAUGAGACUCUGAUCAUUAAGUCAGGUACUGCACAGCAUAAAGGUUGGUCUGGGUGACUAUAUCCCCUAAAAUAUCAUCCCCCAGGAAUAGCUGCAUGAAAUCCAGUGCACUGUAGUUAGUGAUGUCCAACUGAAUUCCAGGACUACCAGUAAACACUGGGAUGUCAGGCGUGAAAUCAUUUAGGGGUUCCCAGUCACCAGCGUCAUGAGCCAGCUCAGGGGACUCGGCGCUUACAACAGAGGACCCUGCAGUAUCUGGCACAGUCUCAUCACCACUCUCAGAGGCAGUGUCUGUGGCGUCAGAGUCGGCUGCUAGUAUAUCAUAAGCUUCCUCAGCAGUGUACCUUCUAGACAUUAUGAAGGUGUAACUAUAACAAACUUUUUUUUAAACUCUUUUUUUUUUUUUUUAAUUUAAACUUUUUUCAUCCUUUUUUUUUCUUUUUUUAUUCUUUUUUUCCUUUUUUUAUAGUUUUUUUUUAAACUUUUAAAAACUUUUCAGAACUUUUCUAAACUUUUCAUCUCUAUCUAGCCAACUAGCCUAACACUCAAUUUCCCAAAUUCCCACUAAAGUCCACCCACUCCAGCUAACUAAGGAAUUAACGUUAAAUUAAUUAAAUAACAAAUUAAAUAAAAUUAACCCCUAAGGGUUAAAAAAAAAUCAAAAUUAACCCUUGAGGGUACAAAAAAAAAUUAGAUCACAGUUAAAUACUGUGAUCAGUAUACUGAUCACUGCAGGCAGUGAUCAAAAGGGCAAGGAAAGGGUUAACACUGUUUUAAAAGUAUUACUUACUGAAUGACAUGUUGCAGCACCGAUCGUCUCUCUCCACUUCUCAAACCACACAGAGGGAGGGAGGAGGAUCAGGAAUCCAGCAGCACUGUUAUCGCUGUGACUGGCUGUACAGCAAUCACAUGUGCUGGGACAGCUCUAUUGGCGGUUGUUGGUCUGCCUCUGACAUCCCAGCAGCAGCGUUAACCCCGCGAUCGCAGCGAUCUGGCGUUAACGUUAGUAAAUGACAGAGAUUUUCCGUCAACGGUCCUUAACGUACGGACAAGCUUGACGGAAAUUCUCCGUCUUCGGUCGGGACGGGGUUAAUGGGGAGAAAAACUGUAUAUAUAAUAUGUGUGGGUACAGUAAAUGAGUAAUAUAGUAUUUAAAACUAAACACAAACACAGCAUAAAUGUAAAAACAGCCCUGGUCCUUAACGGUAAGAAAAUUUAAAAACUGUCUGGUCACUAAUGGGUUAAAUAUGCAUAGGGAUUUGGGCUAGUGCGCAGCUAACGUUUUUUUUUUUUUUUUCCUUUUUUUUCUAUUGUAAGUGGUACUCCGUUUAUUUUAUUCAACAGUCUCCAAAGAUACUACAAUAAAUUCAGUUUCUAUCUUUUUUUCCAUUCAUACUACAUGAGCACUACAUGGAUUUAAGGACACUCUAAAGGAGCUGCUUCCCUACAUCUUUUUGCACACAGUACCUUUUUCACUGUGCAAAGUCUGGCUUAUACUGUUGUACUUGCGACUUUAAAGCGGCACUGUCGUGGCCAAAUCCAGUUUUGUUUUUUUGUUUUUUAACCCCCCUCCCGACUCCACUACAUCAAAUUGCCCCCCUAGUCACCCACAAAUGCCCCUAAGACCUCCAUAUUGCCUAUUUUUUAAUCUUCAUUUUGUGCCCGGACCUAGGUCCCGGGCGCCGCCAUCUUUGUGUGGGCAGAUGAAGUCCCUGGGGGACACGUCAUCUGCCCACACUAGAUAGCGCUGUGAAAUUCCCGCGCAUGCCCAGUUAUACACUUGGGCAUUCGUUAUUUUUCUGAAAAUCAGACGGGAAUUUUUUAUAUUCAUUAAUUCAUCAGAAAGACUAAUGAAUAGAAAUUUCAGACGAACAAACAAACACCAUCGGUUCUGCUUACCGCCACCUCCUAAGCCCCCCAUAUCCUCCCUCACUCUAUGGGAGUCAAGAUGAAAUCUCCCGAAUGUCUACUAAACAGUGUGCAGCCUGUGGCAAAUGGCCCCAUGGUGGGGCAUCUAUUAAGUAGCAGGGGGGACAUAGUGUCCCCCCCAGCACUCACCCAUGCCUCGCGAAUAGGGGCUAUGCAACUUAACGGGGGACCUAGGGUCCCCCUUGGCCCCCACCCAUGAGCGGCGGGUGGGGGCCCUAAAUUAAAAUGGGGGGGAUUUUUGCCUUCCCCUAUGAGCAACGGGUGGGGGCUCUAAAAGACAAUGGGGGUAUGACCUAUUGGCGGGUGGGGGCCCUAAAUGAAAAAGGGGGGAGGACCUAUUGUCCUCCCACCCAUGAGUGGCAGGUGUGGGCCCUAAAUGACAAAGGGGGGGACCUAUUGUUCUCCCAUCUAUGAACGACGGGUGGGGGCUCUAAAAGACAAUGAAGGGGACCCAAACUCCUAGUCACCUCCACACCCAAAUAAAAUUAAAGCCCUACCUACUUCUCUCACCCUAAAAAUAAUGAGGGGGGAGACAAUAAAACUAAAUACCUGUAAAUAAAUAAAAAAUAACUUACCAUUUGAUGUUGUCUUUUUUUUAAAACCUUAUUUUUUCAGCCCUAAAAAAAGCCAAAAUAAAAACCCAUAAUACCCGUCGAACCUCAAAAAAAUUAAUUAAAAAACCUGACACCAAAAAAAAAAAAUCCAUCUUCACCCAGGGAGGGCAACAUGCAGACUGAGCUUAUAAAGCCUUCCCACGCCCUGCAAUUUGACUCAGAGCGCUCUAAUUGGUUAGUUUAAGCCAACCAAUAGGAGUGCUCUUAAUUUGAACCUUGCACGUUAUCAGGUAAGGCUCAAAUUUACCUAUCAGAGCACUCUUAUUGGUUGGCUUGCAAUCCAACCAAUCAGAGUGCUCUGAGUCAUUUUACACCACGUGGGAAAGUUCUUUGGAAUUUGAACAAUCUGUUCUCCUUCUGUUAGGACAACAUUCUGUAGUUUUGCCGACGUUCUGUCUAAAUGACAGGACGUUCGGGAAUAGUGAAAGGAGUCAUCGUGAGAUCACAGAGGAAAGGUGAGAAUUGUGGGAAAAUUUGUCUGACCACAGGAAAUGGAGCACAGUUUGCUCCUCUGUCAUAGCUGGUCAGGCGUAGGAAAUAUACGUAUGACAAAAUAGUCCCUACUUUGUCUUAUGUUUUAAAGAACACUAGAGCAGACAGGAAGAAAUGAAGAGCAGAUCCUGAGAGAGGAAGUGGUUAGAGAAAGGUAAGUUCGGCAUGACAGUGCCCCUUUAAUGCUUAUCACUUCCCAUCGAACCAAAACAACAAAAGUGUUUAAAACUAAAUUAAAUCUUAACCCCUUAAGGACUGGACUGUUUUUGCGAUGUUGUACAUUUGCGACCAGGCAUAUUUUUACACUUUUGUGGUGUUUGUGUUUGGCUGUAAUUUUCCGCUUUCUCAUUUACUGUUCCCAUACAAAUUAUAUAUUGUUUUUUCAGGACAAAAGGGGCUUUCUUUACAUACCAUUAUUUAUAUAAUCUCAUGUAUUUUAAUUUAAAAAAAAUAAAAAAAUAUGAUGAAAAAUUGAAAAAAUACAUGUUUUUUUACUUUUACUUGAAAAAUCUUUUACUCAUCUACAAAAGCGAAUGAAAAAAACUGCUAAAUAGAUUCCAAAUUUUGUCCUGAGUUUAAAAAUACCCAGUGUUUACGUGCUUUUUUGCUUUUUUUUGCAUGUUAUAGGGCUAUAGGUACAAGUAGGAUAUUGCAGUUUCAAAACAUACAUUUUAAAAAUUUAUCAAUAGUGACAUUGUAACACUAUUAUCUGUCAUAAAUCUCUGAAUAACACCCCACAUGUACAUAUUUUUUUUAAAGUAGACAACCCAGGGUAUUCAAUAUGGGGUAUGUCCAGUCUUUUUUAGUAGCCACUUAGUCGAAAACACUGGCCAAAGUAAGCAUUCAUAUUUGUUUGUGUGUGAAAAAAGUAAAAAAACUAAAUUGAACGCUAAUUUUGGCCAGUGUUUGUGACCAAGUGGUUACUAAAAAAGACUGGACAUACCCCAUUUGCAAUACCUUGGGUUGUCUUCUUUUGCAAAUGGUAUGCCAUCAUGGGGGUAAUUCUCAUUCCUGGGCUACCAUACGCUCUCAAAGGCAACGUAACCAACCUGGCCAUUUUCAAUGUAAAAAUAUUUGACCCAUAUAUUUGACCUUGUAACUUUCAAAAAUGCUAUAAAACCUGUACAUGGGGGGUACUGUUUUACUCGGGAGACAUCACUGAACACAAAUAUUAGUGUUUAAAAACUGGAAAACGUAUCACAACAAUUAUAUCAUCAGUAAAACUGCUGUUUGUGUGUGAAAAAUGCAAAAAAAGUAACUUUCACUGACAAUAUCAUCGCUGUGAUAUGUUUUACUGUUUUGAAUCACUAAUAUUUGUGUUCAGCGAAGUCUCCCGAGUAAAACAGUACCCCCCAUGUACAGGUUUUAGGGUGUCGUAGAACGUUACAGGGUAAAAUACAGUGCUAGCAAAUUAAAUUCUCUGGAAUUUCGGCCUGGGUUGGCAGGCAGGUCCCUCAAAUUGCAAUCAAUAAAAUUACUGAAUUAUUUAAAAAUAUUACAUAAAUACGCACGUAGAAUUUAAAUAUAUAUGCAUAUUUAUAUAUUUGAAGUCUACGUGUAUAUUUAUAUAAUUAUUUAUGUAAUUUUGUAUAUGGACGUAUGUAUAUUUCUUAUUAUUUUUAUUUAUUUUUAUAUACAUAGAUAUAUAUACAAAUUCAUUCUAAGUGUAUUUUGAUAUAAAUAUAUAUAUAUUAAUUUUAAAAUACAGUUAGAAUAAAAUUUCAUAUAGCUAUAUAAUUUAUUUUUUAUUUUUUAUUAUUAUUUUAAAUUUUUUUUAUUUAAUUUAAAUUACUUAUUAUUUAUAUUUUAUAAUAAUAUAUAUAUACUAUAUAUAGUUAUUAUAUAUAUAUUAUAUAUAUACGUGUGUAAUUUAAUUAUAAGUGUAUUUUUAUAUUAAUAUAAGUACAUAUUAAUAUAAAAAUACACUUAGUAUGACAUUAUAUAUAUAUGAUAUAUAGACAUAUAUUACAUAGGUAUAAUAUAUGUCUAUAUAUCAUAUAUACACAUAUAUAAUUAUUUUUAUUUUUUUAUUAACACUAACUUUAUUUUUUUUACUGAUUUUACAGUUGCAGGGAGACUGCCUGUCAGCACAGACAGUCCCCCUGCAGGCAGCACUAUGGACACCUAUUGUGACCAUUUGAUCGCUGUGUUAAGCGAUCACAUGGCCACAGGGGUCCUAAUCUGCCGUGGGGAGACUGUCUGGGCUGCAGGCAGUCUCCCCACAACCGGAGCCACACUGAUCGCCGCCGCGGGAACGACGGCGAUCAGGUAAGUAGCUCUGACCGUUAGGACGGUUCAGGACCGUCAUCGGUCGGCAACGCAAAAAUGCCGAUGACGGUCCUGAACCGUCCUCGGUCCUUAAGGGGUUAAUAACUUUACCUACCAUGUAAAGACAGUGAUAAUUUUAGUAUAUCUUACAUAUUUUGCACCAAAGUUGUCAUAUUUCCACACUUUUCAUAUGAUGAAAUUUAGGCUAUCUCUGUCUGUUAUUACAUUUUGAGCUAUUUGACUGAGUAUAAAUUGACAGUAAUGAUUUAAUGAGAUGUGGAAUUGAAAAGUUCAUAUUGCUAACAAAAAAAACAACUUAGAAUUGUUUCUUGUAAACAAAGAUGUUAAUGAUGUGUAGUGAUUUCAUACAGUAAAACCUAGGUUGAGCAGUAAUUACUAUAUAAUCUCUUUUACUUUACUUCUUCAAAGGGAAUGUCUUUUGUUUUUGAAUAGAUGACCAGGACCAGAAGAUAAAUGAAAUAGAAAAAGCAAAUAUUCAUCAAAACUGUGAACCUUCUGAUAUUGAUUCUUCAGAUACUGAAUCUCUGGUCAGAAUGAAUGUAGAAAAGGGAUCACAACAACUGUUAUUUCUGAGUAAUAGCGAGAGUAAUACAGUUUCACAUUCUGAAUCUCAAACUGAGGAUCUGACAGACCAGGAGAAGAAGAGUCAUUCUCAGACUGAAACUUUGGAACCUCAAAGAUCACAUAGUGGUAACUGUUCAUUAUCAGGAACAAGUAUUUCUGAAACAGACAUAGAAUCAAGUGUGGUAGACGAGGAUAGUAUUUCAGAGAUUUCAGAACCAAAUAGUGACUGGAUAACAGAAAUACAAAUGUUAGAGGGCAAGUUGUGUUCCAUUCGAAAACAUAUAAAUUCUACAAUAGUUCACCUUACAGCACUGUCAGAGGAUAAUAAAACCUGUAAAAAUGAAGGUGAAAACAAAAAGUUAAACAAAUGUAAGGGAGCUGAGACGAAGAGACUCAAAGAAUCAUCCAGUGAGCGCAUUCUUCAAAAUUCUUCAGAUGAGGUGGAUAAUGUGGUCAGCUUUCUCAAGAGUAAAUCAUAUGCUGGAUGGACUGCUGUAGGACCUCCUCAACAAUACAUGCCCCCUGAAAGUGACUUAUGGCACAGGCCUGACAAUAUAAAAGCCAAAGUGGACAUGAGAAAGCUUGGUAGCAAGAGUGUUAUGAGACCUGAAGAAAUAGAAACAAGGAAGGAAGACAUCUGGACUAGUUGUGGCUUAAAACAAACCAACAAAAAUGAGGGAAAACCAAAAACCCAGGUGAAGAACAUUUAAUCUGUUGUGGUGGAGGAUCAAAUGUCGUGAUGUUAUUUUUGUAGUACCUUACAGUAGUGACAAGCUUUUUUAGUUUCAAUUAGAUAAAUGAAUUUACCACACAAAGCCACUUAAUUCUGGAAUCCUAUCAAUAAUCCUAUCAAUGUGUUGACUCUAAAGUUUCAUGCAACAUUACUACAUCUUCACAUUGUCAAGAUUUUGUUGAAACACCUUUUAUUAGCACUCAAUGUAGUUACACUUUGAGUAAAAAGAAUAAAUUUUUUAAAAUGUGAUCAGUGUUGGAAAUGUAUCUAAAGCAUCUCUAUUAUCCAGCUUAUGAUGCACCAUUGUACCCUACUCACUAAUUAAACACACUUUUGCAAUGCUAGAUCUUUAUAUUUGCAGUCAAACUUUAUUGCCUUGUGCUUGGCUGUAGUGUUAGAUUUAAAAAUUCCAAGUUUUACCGAAACAUGUUUUGUAAACUAAUAUAAUGUUUCUAUUUCUCUUUCUCCAACGCAAUGUUGUGCCUGGAAUGAAUUGGAAUGUGAUGUCAGUUGUCAAUUCUUUAAACCUUUCACGCUCAAAAUCGUGCACACACAGUUUUACAUUAAUUUGCUUUAUCCUAUAAAGUUUCACUCAUUUUCAUUCAUUUGCCAAGGAUUUCCAGCCAGUAGAUGAAAAAAUUUCUCUGCCAGGAAUUCAUUUGACUCAUUAAAUAGCUGCACAUGUUCUGAAAUUGACAGCUGUCUCCUGCUUCCAAAUAGUAAUGGAAGUUAUAACAAGUCAUAUCUCUACUAGUUAGGGUGGUGGAGGAGUAAAUGAGCUCUCCAAUUUCACUGCUAAAAUUACAAUCGCUUUUCAUAAAUUGAUAAAAGAUUGUUAAAGCAACAACUUCCUGUUCCAAAAAAAUUUAAAAUGUCAAUGUGAAUAUACUUCAAAUAUAUUUUUUCUCAUAUGCAAUUAUAGGGGUGUCAAUAAUUGAGCCUCACAUAUAUUUACCAAUUAUUAUUAUUAUUAUCACUUUUUCUUUUUAUAAACCUGUGUUGUAUUUGCGUUUGUUGAAUAUCCAUGAGAGCAGAGUAUUUUUUGGACAAAAGAUCAAAAGUUUAACUUCUUAAGGACCGCAGACCUUAAACGGUCCUUAUACGUCCGCGGCAAUUAUGAGCUGUCCUUAUUACUUACCCAAUUGCCACUGUUCCCCCACCGGCGAUCGGUAUUGCUCACGGUCUGGGGGGACUGACAGCCCAGGUAGUCCACCUCGGCAAAUUAGGCCCCUGCGGGCCAUGUGAUUGCUCUAUAUAUGUAAUUUUAUUCUAACUGUAUUUUGUUAUGAAUAUAUAUUUAUCUCAAAAUACACUUAGAAUGAAAUUAUAUAUAUAUAUAUAUAUAUAUAUAUAUAUAUAUAUAUAUAUAUAUAUAUUUAUAUAGUGGGACCUCAGUUUACAAACGCCUCGGUUAACAUAAUGUUCGUUUUACAAAUGAAAAUCCAUUGAAAAUAAUGCCUCGGUUUACAAUUUUUUUUCGCAAUACAAAGCAAGUUUCCCCAGGAUGCAUUUCACCUGGGAGGUUUAUCACACCGCCCCCUGCAUGCUGGAGCCUGUAGGUAGCAUGUGGCGUUGAGUGUGGAGGUGUUGGAGCGGCUUUUGCAUCGAGUUUUGGAGCCAUUCUGGAAAUAGUUUUCAGUUGUUUUGUGACUUUUUGGUGCAUUUCUCAAGCUGUGGAAAAGUAGGGAGCUGAGCCUCGUCGUUCCCAUGCCUUUUAUUGUGUGUUCUGCAUUGUGGGUUGGUUUCCAUGUCCGCUCAUUUUGUCUUUUUUUCUGACCUCCAGAACAGAUUAAUUGGUUUUCAAUGCAUUCCUACGGGAAACUGCGGUUUACAAAUGUUUCGCAAUAAGAAACGUCCCGGAGAACACAUUAAAUUUGUAAACCGAGGUCCCACUGUAAAUCUAUCUAUCUAUGUAUGUAUAAAGAAAUAAAAAUAAUAUUAUAUAUAUAUAUAUAUAUAUAUAUAUAUAUAUAUCCAUAUACAUAAUUAAAUAAUUUCAUAAAUAUACACGUAGACUUCAAAUAUAUAAAUAUGUAUAUGUAUUUAAAUUAUAUGUGCAUAUUUAUGUAAUCUUUUUACAUAAUUAACUAAUUUUAAUGAUUGCAAUUUGAAGGACCUGCCUGAUAACCCAGGCAGAAAGUCCAGAUAAUUUAAUUUGCUAGCAAUAUAUUUAACCCUGUAACUUUCCAUGACACCCUAAAACCCGUACAUGGGGGGUUCUGUUUUACUCGGUAGACUUAGCUGAACACAAAUAUUAGUGUUUCAAAACAGUAAAACAUAUCACGGCAAUAAUAUUGUCAGUGGAAGUGAAGUUUUUUGCAUUUUUCACAGACAAACGGCACUUUCACUGAUGAUAUCAUUGUUGCGAUACAUUUUACUGUUUUGAAACACUAAUAUUUGUGUUCAGUGAAGUCUCCCGAGUAUAACAGUACCCCCCAUAUACAGAUUUUAUAGUGUUUUUGAAAGUUACAGGGUCAAAUAUAAGGUUUGAUUUAACGUUUUUUCACAUUGAAAUGUGCCAGAUUGGUUAUGUUGCCUUUGAGAGCGUAUGGUAGCCCAGGAAUGAUAAUUACCCCCAUGAUAACAUACCAUUGUCAAUAGUAGGCAAACCAAAGUAUGUUCAGUCUUUUUUAAUAGCCACUCAGUCACAAGCACUGGCCAAAGUUAGCAUUCAUAAUAGUUUUUUGCAUUUUUAACACACAAACAAAUAUAAAUCCUAACUUUGGCCAGUGUUUGUGACUAAGUGGCUACUAAAAAAACACUGGACAUACCUCAUAUUGAAUAUCCUGUCUACUUUAAAAAAAAUGUACGUGUGAGAUGUGAUUCAGAGAUUUAUGACAGAUAACAGUGUUACAAUGUCACUAAUGAUACAUUUUAAAAAUAUAUACACUGAAUAAAAUUAUAAACUCAACACUUUUGUUUUUGUCCCCAUUUUUCAUGAGCAGAACUCAAAGAUCUAAGACACAAAAGGCCUAUUUCUCUAAAUAUUGUUCACAAAUCUGUCUAAAUCUGUGUUAGUGAGCACUUCUCCUUUGCCGAGAUAAUCCAUCCACCUCCACUCCAGGCUAGGACCUCUACAAUCAGCAUCUUCACCUCCAAGAUCAUCUGACACCAGCCACCUGGACAGCUGCUGCAACAACCGGUUUGCAUAACCAAAGAAUUUCUGCACAAACUGUCAGAAACCGUCUUAGGGAAGCUCAUCUGCAUGCUCGUCGUCCUCAUCGGAGUCCCGACCUGACAGCAGUUUGUCGUUGUAUCCGACUUGAGUGGGCAAAUGCUCACAUUCGAUGGCGUCUGGCACUUUGGAGAGGGGUUCUCUUCUCAGAUGAACCCCAGUUUUCACUGGACAGAUGGGAUACAGCGGGUAUGGCAGAUUGCAGUUCUGGGAAGAUGGCAGACAGCGUGUAUGGCGCUGUGUGGGUGAGCGGUUUGCUGAUGUCAACGUUGUAGAUCGAGUGGCCCAUGGUGGCGGUGGGGUUAUGGUAUGGACAGGCGUAGGUUAUGGACAACGAACACAGGUGUAUUUUAUUGAUGGCAUUUUGAAUGCACAGAGAUACCGUGAUGAGAUCCUGAUGCCCAUUGUUGUGCCAUUCAUCCACGACCAUCACCUCAUGUUGCAGCAUGAUAAUGCACGGCCCCAUGUUGCAAGGAUCUGUGUGAUCCUAAAUGGCAGAGGAUUGAGCAGUGAGACUGCAGGGGCAUGAACCAUACACCAAAAGUGCUUUAUUAAGCUAAAGUUGUUGGUGGCUACAGUGACUACAGUGUCCCUUUAAAAUAAAACCAAGCAUCACAUUCUGAAGGGCUCAGUGAAUCACUAAUUACCAGCCAUGGAUAAAUCCUGAUAAAAAAAAAAUAGUAAACUAGGUCAUACAUUUUGCAAUAUACCCCUCUUCCCCUUUAAUAAGCACGGACACUUUCAGGAGAUUAUAUCGUUGCCGGAUGUCGGAAUUAUAUCCAUGUGACGUCUGCAACGCACGAUGCGUUCCAUUGAAGAAAUAUACCGGAAAUUACGUACCGAAAACUCAGAACCGGAAGUAAAGCAAAAGUGGUAUAUUUAAAACUAAGAAAAUACAGCAGAGGAUCUUAACCAACUGUGGAAGCCCCACUAUAGGGGCAAAAUGCGUUUUGGACUUUUUUGAACUCUCUAGGACUAUACUGUCCAUACACAACAUAAGGUUUUUUCUUUUAUAUUAGAUUUUAUUUAAUCAAUAAAGCAUUUUUUACAAGUAAACCGUCAGCAUCCUGUGUCCUGGUUUCCAGAGGUAUACAAAGCAGACUGGGAGAAAUAGGAGUUGGACCUCCUUCAAGUGUCCUACCACGCUUUCCAUCAGAGCCAUAUGAGGUUAAUGGCUCUUCAUUUGUGAGUGACACUCCAGAUUUUAUUAUUUUAAAGUAUUUGUACCCGCAAUAUAGCACUAUUGUUUUGUUAUAUUUUAUCUUUACAGAUUCAUACUAUACCAGCUCCACCUUAUGUAUGUAUAUUUUUUAGUCCAUACAUUUACACCAGGGGUGUCCAAACAUUUUUCAAAGAGGGCCAGAUUUGAUGAAGUGAACAUGCGUGAGGGCCGACCAUUUUACCUGACAUUCUUUGAACCAUUAAAAGUACACCCUGUUCCAAAUUAUAAUGCAAAUAAUAUUUUUCUCAUUUACCUAAAUAAUUGAUGUAAAUAACAGUCAGCAUAAUUCUCAUGUUAUCAACUAUUAAGAAUACAAUUCAAAUUGUAUUGAACAAACCUCCUAAUGAUAACAGUAUUUUUUUAAAACAUAAAAAACUUACAAUGCACUGUUCCAAAUUAUUAUGCACAGUAAGUUUCAAAACACUUUAUAGGUUGUAAAGAACUGACAAAUGUCAUUUGUUGUGUUUGCAGCAUAUUUACUGACAUCAAAAGCCAUUGCAAUCAAACUUAUAACACCAUUUUAACUUUUUAAACCUUUUAACAUGUCAAGUUACAUUUUAACAUAGGACCCCUUAUGUGAUAGCAGCUUCACAAGUCUUCCAUCCAUUGAACUUGUGAGUUUUUGGGCAGUUCCUGCUUAAAUUUGUUUGCAAGAUGUCAGAAUAGCCUCCCAAAACUGCUGUUUGGAUGUAAGCUGCCUCCCACCCUCAUAGAUAUUUUGCUUGAGGAUGCUCUAAAGGUUCUCAAUAGGAUUGAGGUGAGGGGGGGAUGGAGGCCACACCAUGACUUUUUCUCCUUUUAUCCCCAUAGCAGCCAUUGAUGCAGAGGUAUUCUUUGCGGCAUGAGAUGGUGCAUUGUCAUGCAUGAAGAUGAUUUUAUUACGGAAAGCAUAGUUCUUCCUUCUGUACCAGGGAAGAGAGUACUUCUACUCCAUCCUUCUGGACCAUCCAGGGUUGCACGGCACUCAGCAGUGAACAGGACUGGUUGAAAAUUAGUCUUCAUGUAUUUUUCUGCCCAAUGCAGCCGUUUCUGCUUGUGAGCAUUGGUUAGUGGUGGCCGAAUAGAAUUUUAUGCACAGUUGCAAGACUCUGUAGGACUCUACACCUUGAUGUCCGUGGGACUCCAGAGGCACCAGCAGCUUUAAAUAUCUAUAUAAUGGUAUUUUAGCAGCUGCACUCUUGAUCCGACGCAUGGAUCUGGCAGAAAUCUUCCCCAAUGUGCCUUUAUCUGCACAAACCCGUCUGUGCUCUGAAUCAGCCACAAAUCUCUUAAUAGUGCGAUGAUCACGCUAAAGUUUUCGUGAAAUAUCUAAUGUUUCAUACCUCGUCCAAGGCAUUGAACUAUGUCACUCUUUUCGGCAGCAGAAAGAUCCUUUUUCUUCCCCAUAUUGCAUGAAAAUGGUGCUCUGCUUAAUAAUGUGGAACACCCUCCUUUAGUAGUUUUCCCUUAAAUUGGGCUCACCUGGCAAUCUAAUUAUCACAGGUGUCCGAGAUUGUUUUCAGUGAUCAAAAGAGCCCUGAGACACAAUGCCAUCCAUGAGUUAAACUGAAAAACUAAAUAUUUAAUCUUUGUGACAAAUAGAAUUUGCAUAAUAAUUUGUAACAGGGUGUAAAUGCAAAUUAACUAUUUUUUGCAAAGUUUAUUGCAAACGGCAUACUUUUCAUUCCAUCUCUUUAUUCUGUCCCUUCUCUCUUUAAUUCUGUCUCUUCUCUCUUUAAUUCCGUCUCUUUAUUCUGUCCCUUCAUUCUGUCUCUCUUUAUUCUGUUCCUUCUUUCAUUAAUUCUGUCUCUCUUUAUUCUGUCCUUUCAUUCUCUGCCUCUUUAUUGUCUGCUUCGUUAUUUUCUGUCUCUUUAUUCUCUGCCUCUUUAGUCUGUGCCUCCAAGGAGAAGGAACCAAAUCCCUCGACGUCCAAGAAAUCCUGUGACGUCCAAGAAAUCGCAGGAACACAGACUGAGGACGAGCAGUGACUGCAUGUCCAUCUGCGUUCUCGCGAUCUCUUGGCCCCUAGUGAAUCCCUGUGCACCAGUCAGGAAUUCAGCGUUCUCGCGAUCUCUUGGCCCCUAGUGAAUCCCUGUGCACCGGUCAGGAAUUCAGCGUUCCCCCACCCUCAGGGACCUCCUCCCGCCCGGCUCUGGAAGGGGGAAAGGGGUUAAAACGUACCUUUUUCCAGCGCUGGGCGGGGAGCUCUCCUCCUCCGAUCCUCCUCUUCUCCUCCCCGUCGGCUGAAUGUGCACGCGCGGCAAGAGCUGCGCGCGCAUUCAGCCGGUCACAUAGGAAAGCAUUUAUAAUGCUUUCCUAUGGACGCUGCGUGCUCUCACUGUGAAAAUCACAGUGAGAAGCACGCAAGCGCCUCUAGUGGCUGUCAAUGAGACAGCCACUAGAGGAAAUAGGGGAAGGCUUAACCCAUUCAUAAACAUAGCAGUUUCUCUGAAACUGCUAUGUUUAUGAAAAAAUGGGUUAACCCUAGCUGGACCAGGCACCCAGACCACUUCAUUAAGCUGAAGUGGUCUGGGUGCCUAGAGUGGUCCUUUAAACUGGAACACGGGCCGGACUUUGGACAUGACUGAUUUACACAAUAAUACAUUCUAAAAAUAUUGGUUUCAAUCUGCCUAGCACUAACUAAUGUGUUAAAUACAGAUUUCAAUUAAGUUUCUUUUAAAAAGUUUAACAUUAUAAUAUUUUAAAUGCCCUUUUCAGAAUUCACUGUAAAAUUGUGUAAGAAUUUUUAAGAAUUUUUAAAUCAACAAUUAAAUACUUUUUUUUUUUUUUUUCGCCAUCUCCUGUAUUGUAACAAAUCAACUUUGAUUUUUUUAUUUUUUUUUAGGUACUAAAACAACCUUCAAAGACAAAUCCAAAUUUUAGUUUUAAAACGAAUGACAAAGAUUCUAAAAGAUGUGACCGGUAAGCUAUUGGCUAUUUCCUGAUAAUAUAUAAAAAAUACAAUUAUGUUCCGUAUCACAGCAGCUUAUUAGUUGAACAGUAUUUAGAGACUGAAAGAGACACACAUAACUACAUAACCAUCAUAUUCUUAUGUGUGGAUAUAAUGAACAUAAUUUUAUUCUAUGUGGAUAAAGAAAAGAGAGUUGGGAGGUUAGAUUAAACAGUAAAGCAAGAUUUACAUAUAUUUAUAAUCAGUAGAUAACAUUUGAGUUGUAAGAACUAGAUUCAACAAGCUUGCCCAGAGCAAGAUAAUUUGCCAGCAAGCUGUGAUGUUAACCACACUGCAUAAUACUACAUCUCGACAGGAUGUAUGCAUUCAAUUGUAUUGAAGCUUUAUUUACUUUCAAUAUCUGUGUAUAUUCACCUGCCCUGAGGGUUCAUACCCUCACACUAAAAAGGGAACUCACAGCAACCUCUGCUGCCACUUACAGUUCUGAAAACUCAUUUCAUUAUCAUGAGCAUGAGAAAUUUACUACCUGUACUUACUUCUGUGUCCAUCAUUUGUCAGCCUUCCUGCUGAUAUACAGCAUUUAAAAACACAAUCUGAACAAUCCUGUUUUCCAUUACUGCUGUGCCAUUCUGAAUUUAUGCUGAAAAGCAUGUUUUACUGUAUGCCCUCCAUCAUAGGUGUUACUUUACUAGUGUGUGAUGCUAAUUUGAAGAGAAGGUGUGUGGCUUUAAAAGAGAAAAAUGAUUUGGAUGCCCCAGAUCACUAUGGGACCCAGCACUACUUAACUUGCUUGAGUUCCAUAGUGCGAUAAUGGAACCAGAAGCUUUUUUUAAAUUUAAUUUGUGUUUAUUUUGUUUUGUGGAUUUGAAGAACGAUUUGUUUUCUCCAGUAAUUGCACAACUUCAAAAUUCAUGCCAGAAAAAACACAUGCUAGUUGCAAUGUAAAUAUUGGGCUUUUUAGGGAUUCUGAGCAUAACUUAUUUUUCUUGCGUCUUUUGAAUUGGCAAUUAGUUCAUUAGAUGCACAGAUGAUAAAUGUAGAUAAUUUGAUUUCCAAAAUUCUAUGAUUCAUUCAUGUGCACACGGUGUUAACAUGAUUAUAAAAGGGGAUUUUCUUUGUAUUUCUUCUUUUGUUAGCAAAUGUAAUAAUUCAAUUGGAAAAUGACUAACUUUGGUCUUGAUUUAAUAAGCUUUUUGUAGUGAUAAAGUUAGAAAAGCUUUCCAAAUGUUUUAUUGCAGAAGUCUCCAUUAAAGUCUAUAGGGAUUUUUGGAAAAACAUCAUUUGGAAAUUGUUUCUAACAGUUUUUCAUCAUUUAGACUUAUUAAAUCAUGGAUGCAACAAAAAGAAAAGCAAGAAAAAAAGAAAAAGUAUAAUAAAUGCCUAUGUAUACCUCCUAAUUGGGGGAUAACCCCUGUAGAGAAAUGAGAAAAAGAGAAGAAGCAGAGGAUACAAUAUACUAUAUAAGCAAUGGAAUACUAAAAGAAAUAUAUAUGAAAACUUAACUUUUAAUAAAAGUAUAAAUCCCUAAAAAGUCUCAUAUGACAAAAAGACCCACUACAAAACAAAACUAAUAGUACUAUGUGCACAUACACAUAACAAAAUUCAAAAUGACAGAGGCUGGUCCAUACUGCAACAUAAAUGGUAAAAGCCCCUAAGACAGAUUUAAUGUAGAUCACUAAAUUGUAUGUCAGUUAGACUGUUUAAUAGCAGAAUGUCAACUGACAAAAAAAUGAAAUUGUAUCCUCUGCUUCUUCUUUUCUUCUUAUUAAAUCAUGGACUUUGAUGAAUCUGUUGGUAUCAGUACACAGUUAAAACAUUGGUGAAUGGCUUCUAUUGUUAUAAUCACUGAGAAUUAAAUGCUAUUUUUAUUUAGAUCAUGUGCAAAAGGAACAUGUGGUCAUCACGAGCAUCACGAAGGAGAACUUUCACCAGUUUGGGCCUGUAAGUGUUUUAUUAUAAGUUUCUUUCUAUAUUGAAUACAUUUAUAUAUAGUGGACUUAGGGUACUCCAGGCACCAUGAGGGAUUUAAAGUGGUCAUGGUGUCUAGAGUCUGUAUGUAAAACGUUUUGUUUGGAAAUGCUGUAGAAACGGAAUUUAACCCUCUGCUCCAUGGAGCUGUAACUCCACCUCUGGUAACAUUAUUGUGGUGUCAUCAACCAGCUCAAAACUAGAGUUCCAGCCCGGGUGAAAAUGUCAUUGCAUAAAAUGUUAUUCUUUGGCAGAGAUCAGUCAGCUGACGCUCUGAGCCAAUGAAUGAGUGGCACGAUCACCAUCUAACAUCUUAAGCUCUGCAGAAGCUGGAUGUCGUAAAUAUUGGAUAUCUGGCUCCCAGCAAGCACCGGGUAGGAAGUCAAACUGUUGGAAAAAAAGUUUGCCCCAUUACCCUGGAACGUCACCUUCCAUCAUAAUUACUACAGCGAGUAGCCCUUUAAAUGGUAGACAUUAAUAUUUGUUUUAUUCUGAAAUAUAGUAUUAUUUUUUUUAUUCAAGGAUUGCUUUUAUUAACAUAAAUUUGCAGUUAGAAAUGCGUCUAUUUUGCAGUACACAGUGGUGUACAAUAAUCUUGCAGUAUGACCAUUAUUGAGGUUGGUCGCAGGUACAUGUGUAUGGUUACAAAACUUUAAAGAUGACAGUGCUACAUUUGUGUCAUGUGCAAACGAGUCAAUAAAAGGAAGAUAGUAAAAUCACAUCAAUUUGCAUACAUUAGUGGUUGGGAGUGUGAACCUUAUACACGUCAAUUUGCAUAUUGUUGCAUUUAGAAAUGCGACCCUACUGCAGUUUAUAAUGGUGUGCCAUAUUAUUGGAGUAUAACAACGCAAUGAGGUUGGUCUCUGGUGCAAGAGUGUGGCCACAAAAUGUUAGAAGAAUUAAACUUUUUUCCCUCUUUUUUAACACAGCGGGACCUCAAUUAUGUUAUGUGCAAAUUAGCCAAGAAAAGUAAAAAACGAGGAACCUAAAAAAGUGUAAUUCUAAGAACCCAAUCAAUAUACUAUAUGACAGUUGUGAACAUUGAGUGUAAAUAUGUGAGAAGAAGGGUAUAGAGCAUGGGUAGCUCUUGUGGUGGUUUACAUCUGUGAACCAGUGGUUGCUGGUAGUUUACUGUGUGACAGAAGUAACACGAAAAAAGAGAAUACAGCUGUAAUCACCACACAAUUUGUAAAGGUAGGCAGCAACCCAAAGGAAGGAGAACCCCUCAAGUCCUUCAGUGAAUAAAUACAGGUAGGGAAAAAGAUAUAUAAGGGCUGCGCCAAAAGUCCGGUAACGUAUAUCUAGAAUACUGGUAGAUCGUCUGGGAUAUGUGCAAGAGAUAGAAAAAGGAACUCACAUUUGAGGGAGCUAUUGCCAGCUCUGGUGUGGAUAGCGUACAGCGUUAUAAUCCCUGCUUAUGGGAUAUGUGGUGGUAGUACGUCCGUCAGCACCGUCUGGUGGUCCAAAUGGGAUUCUGAAGAAGCCACUUAUGGUAAAACGCGUUUAUGGUUUAUUACUUUUAUAUUUUAUUGUGUAUUUUAGAACAAUAAAAGUAUUUUGGUUACCUUACCGUACCAAUCCUCUUUUUAUUGUACUCUCUAUGCACUUUAAACUUUUUUACUUAUUCCUGGCAUUUUAACGUUCCUGCUACUUCCACUUCCACUGGCAAUUUUACUGUUCCAGUACUCCAAGAAAUCCCAGGUGGGGAUCAUACCACCAACGCCCAUUCAUAGAGCAGUACCUCUGCUCUAUCUUUAUGAGUAUUAUUUUAUUUGUUAUUUUACUCCUGUAUCCCAUCACAAUUGAGAGCACCAUUGCUGCUUUUUAUCCUUCUGUCUUGGAGCUUUGGACCACCAGACGGUGCUGACGGACGUACUACCACCACAUAUCCCAUAAGCGGGGAUUAUACCGCUGUACGCUAUCCACACCAGAGAAGGCCAUUAUUCCCUCAAAUGUGAGUUCCUUUUUCUAUCUAUUGCACAUUCAACUAUAUCACAAUUGAGAGCACUAUUGUUGCUUCUAUCUCUUCUCCCGAGUUUUGGAUUACCAGACGGUGCUGACGGAGAGAGCCCUCCCCUACAUAUCCCAUAAGCGGGGAUUAUACCGCUGUACGUGAUUCACACCAGAGCUGGCCAUAGCUCUCCUGAAUGUGAGUUCUCUACUUUUGUUACCUACCGCACCUUGGAUUUUACAUACUGCACCAUUGGUUGCCUCUACCUCUUUUGUAUUUUCAUAUACUGAACGGUCAACACCAGAAGCACCUACCUCCACCAAGAAACCUUCUCCAGUAUCCCUGACGAUCUACCAGUAUUCUAGAUAUACGUUACCGGACUUUUGGCGCAGCCCUUAUAUAUCUUUUUCCCUACCUGUGUGAUAGAAGUGGUAACAUUAUCUCGGCUGUGUAAUCUACCCUAUUCUACUGCUGGAGUUGUGAAUCUACAGCUUAGACAAUGUCAGGAAUGUGGUGUGUAUAUCUCCUGCAAUGGAUCUGAACAGGUAGAGUGUGAUAAGGUACAAAGGAGGGAAAAGGGAAAAAGGGGGUGCCCCCGAGAAUAAGGGGGGGGGCCUGUAGGUCCCUAGCAGAGUCCUCUCAUCGUGAAGGUCCCUAGCAGAGUCCUCUCAUGGACUCCAGGAACCUUGGUCCAAGCACGUACAGCCAGGUUAUAUAUAAAAAGGGGGGGGGGGUUUGGUUACUGGAUGAUAGCUGACUGCAAUAGGUAAAGGCUAUCUCUGCAUGAGUAUGUAUCUAUAUUUCUGCCUGCCAUAGGUAAAGGCUAUCUCUGCAUGAGAAUGUAUCUAUAUUUCUGCCUGCCACAGGUAAAGGCUAUCUCUGCAUGAGAAUGUAUCUAUAUUUCUGACUGCCAUAGGCAAAGGCUAUCUCUGCAUGCAAAUGUAUCAUUAAAUGACAUCAUUAAUGUCACUCGACUCCAGGGUAAAGCCACCCACCAUGAGCUUCUCGGUACAGCAGACACUUGAGGGUCCCCUCAGUCUAUGAGAGCCCCUUUUCCUAGAGUCCACCAGCUGGGCGACCUCUGCACCUCCACUGUCCCGACAGAAUCUCGGUAGGUCAGACAGGGCACCUCUGUCAGCCCCCUCUGUCGCGGGCCACUCCUCCAAAGCAUUAGCCAUACGGCCCCGCGGCCACCGGUCCACCACAGACCCCCAGAGCCCACAGUCCAGCACGGCCAGGCUCACAGCAGCGGAGAGCAACACCCUCCAGGUCUCCGGAUCACCUAGAGAUAGGGGUUGCUGUCGUCCAACCUGAGACAGCCUGGUUCUCGUGUUGCCAUAACUUGUCGGCCGUCCCUCUGAGGCGCAUGAGCGGUGCAUGCGCAGACUCCUGGUAUGUUGAGAGUCGUGUCGUCUGUUCCCUCGCAGGGCAAGAAGGGAGCUUCCGCAGUGUGAACGCUGCCUCCCAUGCAGUGACUUGGUACAUAGGGUCAAAGCUGUAUCCUGAGUCCAGCAAGUGAAGGCUGGGAACCAUUAACUCGUAAGUGGAAACUUGUAAUUUAAAACCGGGAAACAAGUAACGGGGAGCGGGGCUGCAGCGUGACCUCUCCGGUCGACUUUGCAAAUUGAGGAAGGCAGUUACCUCCAUAUCAUGGUGAUUCACGGGACACGGGCAGAGUGUUUCCGACUUCAGCAUUAGGCUGCAGGCUCAUGCCAUCCAGUAGGCCAAAGGUUUCUGAAUCCUCAUAUUUGUGGGGUUUGGGCCCCAAACUGGUCUAUUGCUAGUGCUUGUUUAUUCCCCUGUUCAAAUAUACUAUGUAGUUUAUAGAUGGUCAGUUUGCGAGCGGUAAAUCAGCAUUUUUUCAGGCUCAGGACCGAAGCUGCAUGAGAUGGCUUUAUUUCAGCUUGACGGCCCCGCCCCCCAUAGUAUUAUUUCUAUAUUAAAGAAAUACAUAUUUGGACAAUUUAGCUAGAGAUCUAUAAUGUUUGUACUCUGAAAUACUUUUUUUUUACCAACUCAUGUUAACGUGGAAUUUAUAUAACUUAGAGUUUAUACAUAAAACACAGGUCUGUCAGUAAAUGGAACUUUGCUAUUGUAAAUCAGGUCACUUUCAUUCAGCCCAAUUCUCUAGCAUUUGGUUGAUAAAAUUUCACGGAGGUUUACUGUAUUCAAUAUUAACUGAAUGGUUACUGCUGUGAGUUGAAUGGGUUCCUGCUAUUUUCUUAUGGAACUUAAUGACAGCAGAGAAAUAUGUUUAAAAUUGACUCCUCUAAAUAGCAACCUCAUGGUGACUAAUUUUCCCUGCUAUAGGAAGAAAAAAGACACCAUUAAGAUAAUGGGGUGAGGUAUCAUUAUAAGGUUAAGUGGGUUUGGUGGUAGCAUUAUGGUAACUUGAAGAAACACUGUAACAUUAAAAAUAAAUAUUUGUUUUUAAAGUUACAGUUUUCCCUUGUAGGUGUAGAUCAUCAGGCCUACCUUCCUUUUAUUACAGAAAAAGCAGGGAUGUUUUUUUUCUGACCUUUAAUCCAUUGCUGGUCUGUCUUCUUCAGGCAGCUGCCCCUCCUCGUCUAAGAUCAUCUGUGCAAAUGAUCUGAUUGAAUCCCAGUACUUCUUACAAAGAAGAAACAGGGAUCUAUUGGACAUGAGUAGCAAUUGCUGUGCUCAGCCAAACGGUAGCAUAUUGUAGGCAAAAUGUAUUUAUUUAUUUUAUUUUUUCUUUAUUGUGGGAAAUGCACUUCAUAAUACAUUGCAGCAAAUUUUACGGGGAUUACACUUACAAUUCCAAAUAGCAGAUGAAGCAUAUGUAAGACAUCCCUUUUUAUAUAUUGAUCAACUGUCUGUUCUGUAGCCCUACCCAAAUGGUGAUUACACUAGUUUCAUUAAGUUUCAAAAGCAGUGGGGUGGAUAUAUGAUGAAUAAGGGAAGCCAACAUAAACGGCAACAAGAAAGACGGGCGUGCCUUAGCAUGAUGUGGCCCUUAGGUGCCAUGGACAGAAGGAGCACAUCCCCAAUAUCCGUGGUUGGGCCACCAAGAGAGGGCUUUGCCUUGUGUGAUCUGCGUUCCAUGGGAGUGUGCAUUUAGUGAGUGUACAAGGUGCAGGAAAGUUUGGGGCACCUAAGGAAACAGGGCGAGACUGGGUGUUCUCAGCACUGGUGGCCCACUGGUACAAAAUGGUUAUCUCCUGAUAGCUUCUCCAGAGGUAAGUAUAAUAGAGUUUAUCCAAAGUUCUAAACCACGGACUAAAUUUGCUAAAUUGUUACUUAAACGGAUAGUUUCUUGGACACCGGCGAAAUGGCAUCUGUCUCGCUCCACUGCUUAACUCCACCCCUUAGUCGACAAUAUUUUUGUAUGACUAAAUUAGACCAUACAAUAAACAUACAUUUUAUUAGGUUUUCAAAGGGCUGAGCUGUGGUGUUUAUUAAAUGCUUAAGGUAUAAUGUAACCUUUAACUUUAUGAACCACCAAAUUGCCUGUCAGUCUUGCAUGACCUGACCACCGUUUAUUUAAUAUUCUCUCUGUGGAUGCCUUUUGCCCCAAUGCUUGACAACCAUACAUAUCAAUGAAGGGAUGGGGUGUGUCUGCGUCAUUCAUCGCUUCUGUAACUGCGAACAGGAUUUAGCUUGCACUGCUGCAAUUUAUCCUUUCUCAGCUCCCAGCUCUCAGCUUGUGUGUCACUGAGAGAGAAGCAAUUGUUUUAUAGGUUUAGUUGUCUGAGGGUGACAUGUAGGGCAUGGAUCCUAGAUGACAAAAGACGGAAAAUAUAACCAUAACAAUAAACACUCACUUAGUGUAAUUGUAGGUUCACCACAAGUAUUGUGUUUUCUGUUUCCUGACAAGAACAUUUUUAAAAAUUAUGAAAUUUUCAUAUGAAAUAUUCAAAAUAGGGUACAACUAGUCUGUAUCCAGAAGAUCUUUUAUAAAUAUCCCUGCACAUGAUAUGGCUCACCAUUCAUCUCAAACAAGUGGUGAAUUGGGCUCAGGUGUCAGUCUGCAAGUCAUGAUAGAAAACAAAAUUGGUCUUUUUUUUUGUCUUAUAAACAGUUCCAAUACACAGUUACUUCUGGAAAUAUUUGGAUACUGACACAAGUUUUGUUAUUUUGUCUCUUUACUAAAAUAAAUUCUAGUUACAGUUAAUUUUAAUAUGGGCUUAAAGUGCAGUCUUUCAGCUUUAAUUUGAGAGUAUUCACAUCCAAAUUGGAGUAAGGGUUUAGGAAUUAUUGCUCUUUAAUAUGUAGCCCCCCUCUUUUUCAAGGGACUAAAAGUAAUUGGACAAUUAACUCACACGCUGGACAGGUGUGGGCUUUUUUAUUUCUUCAAGUAAAGUAGGUCAUUCUUAGGCUGCAAAAAACAAAAUAGCAGGAACAUUCCAGGUGGCCAAAAGAACAGGUUGGUACAUUCUGAGAAGAAGAAAAAAACGCACCGGUGAACUCUGCAACAUAAAAAGGACUGGACGUCCAUGGAAAACAACAGUGGUGGAUGAUCGUAGGACCCUUUCCAUAGUAAAGAAAAACCCCUUCACAACAUCCAGCCAAGUGAAUAAUACUCUCCAGGAGGUAGGUAUAUCAUUAUCCAAGUGUACCAUAAAGAGAAGACUUCACGAGAGCAAAUACAAGGUGCAAACCAUUCAUAACCCUCAAGAAUAGAAAGGCUAGAUUAGGCUUUGCCAAAAAAAAAAAAGCUAGCCCAGUUCUGGAACAUCAUUUUUUGGACAGAUCAAACUGUGCCAGAAUAAUAGGAAGAAAACAGUAUGGAGAAGUCUUGGAACGGCUCAUGAUCCAAAGCAUACCUCAUCAUCUGUAAGACAUGGUGAUUGCAUGGACAUGCAUGGUUUCUAACGGCACUGGGUUAGUAGUGUUUAUUGAUUAUGUGACAGAAGCAGUCGGAAGAAUUCUGAAGUGUAUAGGGAUAUAUUGUGUUCUCAGAUUCAGCCAUAUUCCGCGAAGUUGAAUGGAUGUUGCUUCACUUUUCAUAUGGGCAAUGACCCAAAACAUACUGUGAAAGCAACCCAAGAGUUUUUUUAUGGCAAAUAAGUGGAAUAUUGUGCAAUGGCCAAGUCAAUCACCUGAUCUCACCCCAAUCAAGCAUGCAUUUCACUUGCUGAAGAAAAAACUUGCAGAAAGACCCACGAGCAAACAACAACUCAAGACAGCUGCAGUAAAGGCCUGGGAAGGAUUACAAAGGAGGAAGUCCAGCGUUUGGUGAUGUCCAUGUGUUCCAAACUUCAAACAGUCAUUGCCUGCAAAGCAUUCUCGACAAGGUAUUAAAAAUUAACAUUUUAUUUUAAUUGUGUUAAUUUGUCCAAUUACAUUUGAGUCUCUGAUAUAUGGGGUCUGUAUGAAAAUGGUUGCAAUUCUUAAAUGUUUCAUACAAUAUUUGUGUUCACCCCGUUGAAUUAUAGCUGUGCGUCUGCACUUCAUUUGCAUCUGAGUUGUUUCAUUUCAAACCCAUUGUGAUGGUACACAGAGCAAAAUUAUGAAAAUUGUGUCAGUGUCUAAAUAUUUCAAGACCUAACUGUAUUUUUUACAGCAUCUACUUCAUUGACCAAUUUCUAUUUAUUGAUGACCUGUUUGCACUGUGGUUAAUUACUAUUUACAAUAACCAGUCUGGAAAAUGUCUGUAAAAAAUAUUAAAGUUAAAAAAAGUUACAUUUAGUCAAAACUAGUUACUAUCUAUGUCCAAACUGCAGCAGAAGUAAAGAACAUGGCUCGAAAAACAGUGUCUGGGGACCUACGUUUCUUCCAAGACUACCUGCAAGAUGAAUAUUCCUCAGACAGCGACAGUGAAGAUUUGGACCAGCAUCUUCAAUUAGUAUAUGAAAAACAUUAUAAGCACAAACAACAAACGGAGAUUAUUGUGAAGGACGGAUUUCAGUUGGACACAGAUAAUGAUAGUGAGGACGAUGACAGCAGUGUGGAGGAGAGCAAAGAGCGCAAACUGGAGAAAAUCUUUCAGAAUUUUUCAGGUAUGGAAAAUGUCCCACAUUUCAAAUACUAUUUUACAGUCAUGGGGAAAAAAAGUACACCCUCUUUGAAGUCUAUGGUUUUACAUAUCAGGACAUAACAAUCAUCUGAUCCUUAGCAGGUCUUAAAAUUUGGUAAUUCAACAAGAACGCAAGUCAUAUUACACAGUGUCAUUGGAGGAAAGACGAGACAGGGGGGAUAUGAUAGAAAUAUUUAAAUAGAUAAAGGGAAUCAACACAGUAAAGGAGGAGACUAUAUUUAAAAGAAGAAAAACUACCACAACAAGAGGACAUAGUCUUAAAUCAGAGGAACAAAGGUUUAAAAAUAAUAUCAGAAAGUAUUACUUUACUGAGAGGGUAGUGGAUGCAUGGAAUAGCCUUCCAGUUGAAGUGGUAGAGGUUAACACAGUAAAGGAGUUUAAGCAUGCGUGGGAUAGGCAUAAGGCUAUCCUAACUAUAAGAUAAGGCUAGGGACUAAUGAAAGUAUUUUGAAAAUUGGGCAGACUAGAUGGGCCAAAUGGUUCUUAUCUGCCGUUGCAUUCUAUGUUUCUGUGUUUCAUGAUUAUUUAACAAAAAUAAAUCCAAAAUGGAGACUAUUCCAAAGUUUGAAAUGUAUUAAUUAUGGAAAAAUUAACGCUGGGGACUUCCCCGAUCAGAACCAGCAAGCAUUAAAAGGAUUCUAUAGUGUUAGGAAUACAAACCUGUGUUAAAGAACCCUUUAUUUACUUACCUGAUUCCAGCGCUGAUAUCCCUUAGUACAUUGCAGGACUAAGGGGGGCAGGGACAUUACACCCAGACCACUUCAAUUAGCUUAUUAUAAUGUAAUAUUUUGGCUUAUUUUAGGGGCCUAGGAAACAUGAGCACAUGUCAGCUUGAUUGAGUUUAUUUUGUAUCAGUUUUUGUUGACUUUGGCAAUUGGAUUAUUGUAGAAAGAUAUAUAUAUAUAUAUAUAUAUAUAUAUAUAUAUAUAUAAUUUAAAUUAGUGACUUAUUUUUGUAUUGCCUCUAUUAUUAUCAUUUCACUAUGACAUGUUUUUUUUUUCUUUGACUAUUCCAUUUUACUAAAAAAUAAAUAAAUAAAUAAAUAGAAUUGCCUUGGCUAUGAUAUUUUGUUUUUUUCAUGCGAGUUUACACUAGCUUUAGAAUUGUGGGGGUGUGCUCAGAACAUUUUCUUCAAAUUAUAUCGGAAAUAUAGGAAAUUUAAGAUGACACACAGUGUGUCUGUGUGAAUUUUUAGAGGGGCUCAUGGCAUUACAGUGAAAAUAUAUUAAAUGAUUACUAGCGUUUUUCCAAAGCGGUCCCCCUCCCGUGGCGCUGAAGUUAAAACCCCUUCAGCAGCUUACCUUAAUCCAGCACCGGGCUUCCUCUGCGCUGGUGACCUCUCCUCGCCCGCUGAAGUCAGCUCCCAACUGGAGCGGAAUGCACAAGUGCCGCGCGCGCAUUCAAACAGCCCAUGGUAAAGCAUUUCUCAAUGCUUUCCUAUAGGCGCUCUGCUCGAUGGAUACAAAAUUUGCAUCCGGCGUCGCAAAUGUGCCUCUAGAGGCUGUCAGGAAGACAGCCACUAGAGGCUGGAUUAACCCCUAAUGUAAACAUAGCAGUUUCUCUGAAACUGCUAUGUUUACAGCUGCAGGGUAAAAUCCUGAGGGCCAUGGCACCCAGACCACUUUAUUGAGCUGAAGUGGUCUGGGUGACUAUAGUGUCCCUUUAACAUGAAUUUAAUUAUUCUGAAAAGGAACUCUUGUUUAGAAUAAUUAAAUUUAUUAUAUUUUAUUUACCGGAUUAAAAAGUGCUUUUAUCUCAAAUAUGAAAGUUGUGCUUGACUGAGGAGAAACGUGUUAGUGGAAUGCUAAUUGAUCUUCCGAAGCAUCAGGUAAUGCGUUUAGACUAGAAGAUAUAAGAUUUAGUCUAAGGCAAAGGAAAGUUGUUUUUUUUACUGUAGGAACAAUAAGGAUAUGGAAUUAUCUGCCUGAAGAAGUGGUUUUAUCAGAGUCCGUACAUAUGUUUAAACAGCAACUGGAUGCAUUGUUUGGAUAUUUAUGGGAUGAUAAUAUUAAGCAGUCGAGAAUUGCCCACUAUUUCAAUUCUCUUAGAUCUUAGAGAUCGUUUAUCAAAUAAGUGAAAAGUAUUCCAUAAAUAAAUCACAAUCUGUUAUAAAAAUAGAUUUAUUUUUAUUGUAACAAAUAACAUAACAAAUAAUAUUAGGCAGCAUGCAUGAUAGUAAUCAGUGAAUAUUUAGUAUAACAUAAAUAUGCAAUACAAUGGAAUGGCUAUACACGUUUAAAGGGCUAACAGCAUCUUCUGUCACUUAAUAAGAUUUAUGAGGGUGAGCUUCACACAGCGAAAAGCCAUAAAACCUUGGCUAACAGUUAAAACAACUGAAUAACCCUUUCACUGCUGGCUAGAUCCUCCUAGGCAUAUAGUAUCCUAUUCUCCUGUGAUUUUCAAUUAAAAUAACAUUUGAACCAACUCAUUAAUCAUUUCCUGGAACCAUCCAAUAAGAAUAAUCUACCAGAUUCUAUAAGCCGAAUUUUAAUUUGCCUAAAAAGAUAUCUUAUCUUAUAUUAGAACAAAUCAAUACAACUGGAUAAAAACAGCAGUAUGCUAACACGUGAUAAUAUCACAUUAGUAUAUAAUUAUUCUUAAUUCCACCUGCAGAAUGGAAUGUUUAUGACUAUAUAUUCUUUAGUUAACUAAGAUUUCUUAAAUAUGGAAAUCUGACCGUGAUUUAUCCAGUCAUCUAUCAUGCUAUUAGUAAAUUUAAAUUAAUUAAAUAAAACCAGCAUAAUUACCAGUUAUGUAGAUAUUCUCAUCAGAUGAGUAGUUAGUCCCAGGAACUUGAUUGGUCGUAUGGAGGUGCGUGAGUGAUAGUGAAAAGUGGUGUUGGUUAGAAAGUGUCAAAGAGUUUGUGAGUUGAGUGUCCAUCUCUGCAUGUCCGAAUCGGAAUCCCCAAACUUCCAACUCCUCUCUCUGUAUCUCCAACUUUUCCCUUUGUCCUUACUUUUAAAGGGCCAGACUCUUUGUACGUCAUUAGUUGAUUAACCAAUAGGAAGCCAUAGAUGGAUUCAAUCGAUGGAUCGCAAUUUAGGUAUUUGAUCCAUAGAGGGCAGUCUCGUCUAACGAAACCUUCCUAUCCAGGAAAGAGUUAACUUUUCCUGAUGACGAUUUUGACGUAAUUUGCCAUAUCUAAAAUGACUACCAUAACUUAGAUUUGCUGUCAGUGGCUGUACCUCUGGCUUUUGUAUUUAAUCUUGAGAUUUUACAUUAUUGUGUUGGAUCUUUGGGCACUUCCCACAUAUCUUCAGGUUCUCCACUUUAUGUAUUUUGUGGGGCUAGACCUUAGCCAGUGGUUCUACACUAAAACAAAUGGGUCUGGUUAAAAUUUAAAAAAGCCUAGACUGCUGCCCUAUGGCAUAUCGCUACGUCUUAUGCCAUAUGAUUUUUAAUAACCCAUACAUGAUAAGAAUAAAGAAAAUUGGUCAUUUAUAUUGCACCUCGCUGUUGCUGUUUGUUUUUUAAGCAUGGCCAUUGGAAAGACAGAAUAGAAUAGAAGUUAAGUAAUAGCCCAUAUACCGUAUAAGUCAGAGCCCAGAGAAUAGACUUAAAGUAUGUAGUUGGAUGUGAGAGGGAACUGAAGCUGAUAUCAACUGUGCCAUUUAGAGAAACACUAACUGGAAAAAAAUAUUAUUACCAUUAAUAUCUCAAAACAUCUUGUAAGUCACUGAUAAGUGAAAACAUUGCUUGGUUGCCAUAGGACUGCACAGUGGAUGCUAUAAACAGUAGGCUUUUCUUUAAACUUAAUUAAGGGAUAAUAUUCAGGAAUUCUUUGGGAAGAACUUUGUUAUUAGCAAUAAUCAGCAUGAUUUUAUGAAACAUAGGUCAUGUCAAACUAACCUAAUUGCAUUCUGCAAAGAAAUAAGUAGAAGUAUAGAUUAGGGUGUUGCAGUGGAUGUGAUCUACUUGGAUUUUGCCAAGGCAUUUGUUACAGUUCCUCAAAAUAGGUUUGUCUUCAAACUAAAACAAAUUGAUCUAGAUUAAUAUUCUUGUUCUUGGGUAGAACAUCGGCUUAAGGAUAGAGUACAACAAGUUGUCAUUAAUGGUAAAUUUUCAGGCUGGACAAAAGUGGUAACUGGUAUCCCUCAUGGUUCUGUUUUAGGACCGCUUCUUUUUAACAUUUAUAAAUGAUCUUGAAAUAGUAAAGCCAUGGUUCAGAGUUUGCAGAUGACACAAAACUUUGUAAAGUAAUAAAAUGUGAGCAGGAUAUUGCUUUUCUGCAGAGAAAUUUGGAUAGAUUGGGGGACUGGGCACUAAAAUGGCAGAUGAAAUUUAAUGUACAGAAAUGCAAAGUUAUGCACUUCGGGGUCAAGAAUGCACAAGCAACUUACACCCUAAAUGGUAGUGAAUUAGGGAUAACCACACACGAGAAGGAUUUGGGAAUUGUUAUAGACAACAUAUUAGGCAAUGUCAAUCUGCAGUUGCUAAGGCCAGUAAGGUUUUGUCAUGUAUAAAUAGGGGCAUAAAUUCUCAGAAUGAAACUAUAAUUUUCUCACUUUAUAAAUCGCUGGUAAGACCACACCUUGAAUAUGCUGUGCAAAUUUGGGCACCUGUUCUAAAGAAGGAUAUCAUGGGACUAGAAAAAGUGCAGAGACAAGCUACAAAAUUGCUAAAAGGAAUGGAGCAUUUUAGUUACGAAUAAAGGUUAAAUAAUGUAAAUCUCUUUAGUUUGGAAAAAUGGUGCCUCAGAGGGGAUAUGAUAACAUUAUACAAAUAUAUUUGGGGCCAGUACAAACCAUUAUCUGGAAAUCUAUUCAUAAACAGGGCUAUACAUAGUAAAUACACAAAACGCAAAUAGAGAAGAGUAGUCCCCAAAUAGGAGAAUACUCAAUGCUGGUACAGGUGCUAAUAAACACACAAAUUAUUUACACCUUAGUAUACCUAAAUAACUUGCUUGGAGAAAAUUGGUGUGAAUCAGGGGGAAGCACUCAAAACCUAAGUGUUAAUGCUACCUUAUGUAUCCACAUGCAAAUAAAUCUUUAUUAACCUUUUAUCUAAAAAAGAUAGAUACAGUAGUAGCAAUUGUGACAAGAGGUAAUGACUGUGAAUAACAUUUCCCUGAUCGUUCAAAAUAUGGCUUACAAAAUAACUUAUCACAGUGUUGAUACAUUGAUGGAUAGUGCUCAUAACCAUCCAAGUGCAGUGUAAGCCUUCAUGUGUAGACACAGGGGAUUAUUCACUGAAACAUCAUUGCUAGGUUUCCCUCUUAAAAAAUUAUGAUAGCGAGAUGCAGAAUGACCUACUCACGUCAGGAUAGGGAUACUGAUGCAGAAUUGCAAUGCCUCAGCUACAAUAAAUGUCUCUUGGUUUAUGAUAAUAUAGACGGGAGUUCUGUUGAAUAACUGGAGUAGCUUAAAUCCUAGUGCAUUCUAUUUUCCCCCUAAGGGAUGGUGCACCGAGGAGAGUAUGUCCAACAUUCAGUCAUAAGAUCUAAAUACGAAGACCGCUAUUGCUAGUGCCCUAGGUCUCCUGGUAACACCUUCGUGGGUGUUCUAUACUGCAGCUAUCACUAAAGUUAGCAUACUGUCAUUCACACAUUCAAUCACACCAGACCACUGAUCUCCAAGUUAAAGUCUCCUCUGUGCACCAUCCCUUAGGGCGAAAAUAGAAUGCACUAGGAUUUAAGCUACUCCAAUUAUAUAACAGAACUCCUGUCUAUAUUAUCACAAACCAAGAGACAUUUAUUCUAGCGGAGGCAUUGCAAUUCUGCAUCAGUAUCACUAUCCUGACGUAAGUAGGUCAUUCUGCAUCUCGCUAUCAGAUUUUUUUCAGAGGGAAACCUGCCAAUGAUAUUUCAGUGAAUAAUCCCCUGUGUCUACACAUGAAGGCUUACACUGCACUUGGAUGGUUAUGAGCACUAUCCACCAAUUUAUCAACAUUGUAAUAAGUUGUUAUUUUGUAAGUCAUAUUUUGAAUGAUCAGGGAAAUGUUAUUCACAGUCAUUACCUCUUGUCACAAUUGCUUCUACUGUAUCUUUUUUUAGAUAAAAGGUUAAUAAAGAUUUAUUUACAUGUGGAUACAUAAGGUAGCAUUAUCACUUAGGUUUGAGUGCUUCCCCCUGAUUCACACCAACUUUCUCCAAGCAAGUUAUUUAGGUAUACUAAGGUGUAAAUAAUUUGUGUGUUUAUUAGCACCUAUACCAGCAUUGGGUGUUCUCCUAUUUGAGGACUACUCUUCUCUAUUUGCGUUUUGUGUUUUUCAAAUAAAUCUAAGGGUUCAAGCCCAUUUGGUGGUAGCUUGUACCACCAUCCUGACCACAUUUUCCCAGGUUCUGAUCCAAUUAAUUCUGGACAGAACAAGGGAAAUUUUUCGCUGCUCCAUUUCAGGGCUAUAUAUAGGACACAAUGUUACACAUUUAGGCUGGAAGAAAGGAGAUUUCAUCUAAGGCAAAGAAAAGUUUUUUUUGUUUUUUUUUUAAAGUAAGAGCAAUAAGGAUAUGGAAUUCUCUGCCUGAAGAGGUGGUUUUAUCGGAGUCCAUACAGAUGUUUAAACUGCAAUUGGAUAAAUACUUGCAAAAACAUAACAUACAGGGAUAUCAUUUCUAAUUAGUGGGGUAAUAGCUGCUUGAUCCAAGGAGACAUCUGACUGCUAUUUUGGGGUCAAGAAAUAAUUUUUUCCUAGUUUGUUGAAAAAAUCGGAAGUGCAUGAGACUAGGUUUUUUGCCUUCUUUUGGAUUUACAGCAAAAACAUAUGUGAGUAAGGCUGAACUUGACGGACGCAAGUCUCUUUUCAGCUAUGUUACUUUGUAACUAUGUAAACUUGAACCCUCUCAUAAUGCUCUGUACUUCUGCACGUUAGAGAGGAGCUCCUGGCUUUCAGAGUGUAAUAAUUCGGUGAACCAAACAGAAGCUUGUGGAAACUCUUCUGCAAUAGCUGGAAAGUCACGUAAGGUGAGCAUAUCACAAUAAUAAUUAUUUUAUGAUUGGAAUAUGUAAUAAUUAUUGUAUGAUUGGAAUAACAUAAUCCUGUUUUAAAACACUUAAUAUGUCACUGCCAGAGUAUUUCAGUAGAAAACAGUUAAAAUGUUCGUAUUCGCAAUAUCUACAAUGUACCUAGCUGCUCCUUAUUUUAAUUUUUCAAUAUUAUUGUGUUUAGAACAGUAUGCAGACAAGAAGGGCUUCCAACACAAAUAAAGUUAAAUAUUGUAUCUAUGUGACAUCCAACAUCAUCGUGUAA